AUGUCCGGUCCACCGAAUAUUAAUAACAACCAGCUACCACCAUCCAGUGGUGGUGGUGGUGGCGGUGGAGUCGGUGGAUCGGGUAGUGGUAGAGGGUGGUUACGGACCCCACCACCAUCGUACUUCCGUUCACCCUCACCCUGGGUACCACCCGGGUCGGCACCACCAGCUCGGCAAAGCUCGCCAAUAACAACAGCACCACGUCCAGCUGACGCUUCCGGUGUUACUGGCCGUGGUCCGAGCGAGUUUGUCUAUCAACAUCCAAGCACCGGUGCGUUUGGAGGUUCGUCCUACCCCGCACAACAGUACGCCGGUGAACGACCAAUGCCAUCAACAUCCGCCAUCCGUGCAACGACGAUGACAGCAACGACUGCGACUGCAACUUCGGCCCAGGAGUUCCAGUUCCAACGUCCGAUCCCGUCGGCGAUGACACCGACACACUUUGUGGGAUCGACGUCGACUCACUAUCGGCCAGUUUCACCUGCUGCCGUCGCACCGCAACCGUACCCACAGUUCAGUGCGACCAUGUCCCCAGUUUCGUCCCUUCAUCGAUCAAUGACACCGCACAGCGUUACCAGCAGCUACGGUCCGGUGGAGUAUCAUCAUCAGCAGCAGCAGAUGCGUCCGGGAUCUACUCAGAGUUCGGUGUAUGGGGGUGUGACGUAUCACUAUGGUCCGGCGGCAGCUGCUGGACCAGGUCACCAUCCCCAGGCACAGUCCCAGUACGUGAUCUAUGAUUAUGGGGGCGAAAUGGGACCUUCGACGGCGGAAAUUAUUGCGGCACAAUCGCAGGAUUAUGUCGACGAGAAGCUGGCCGAAUAUCAAGCUACCAUCAUGCUUCUGCAAGAUGAGCAAGAACGUGUACAGAAGAAAACGUUCGUAAAUUGGAUUAAUUCAUUUUUAAACAAGCGCGUACCACCAUUGAAGGUCGAAGAUUUGAUCCAUGACCUUAAGGAUGGCACGAAACUGUUGGCCCUGCUGGAGGUGCUCUCCGGCGAGAAGCUACCGAUGGAAAAGGGAAAAGUUCUGCGCCGGCCACACUUUCUAAGCAACGUCAACACCGCGCUACAGUUCCUUACCAGCAAACGCAUCAAGCUAGUCAACAUCAACCCGUCGGACAUUGUUGACGGACGGCCGGCUGUGGUUCUAGGUUUAAUCUGGACUAUUAUUCUGUACUUCCAAAUCGAAGAGAACAGCCGCAUUCUGCACUAUCUGAACGAAAAUCUGAGCGGUUCGUUAAGUUCGCUCGGUAGCAGCAGUUCCGCAUCGAACAUACCGGCCCUGAGCAGCAGCAAACCGGUGACGUACACUGGUACGGCCUCGGUAGCUACCAGCAGCAAGGAAAUGUUGAAACAGGGCCCAAAGAAAACACUUCUUACGUGGGUGAACAGUGCCUUGCCAAAAUCGACGGGCCUGGAGGUUCGUGAUUUUGGAGCAAGUUGGCGCGAUGGUAUUGCGUUCCUUUCGCUGAUCGAUGCGAUCAAAACGAACGUAAUCAACAUUGCGGAGAUGAAGAAAUACAACAAUCGCUACCGUCUCGACACAGCGUUCAAUGUGGCCGAAUCGGAGCUGGGCAUUGCUAGACUGUUGGACGCGGAAGACGUGGAUGUCAACAGUCCGGACGAGAAGAGUAUAAUGACCUACGUCGCACAAUUUCUACACAAGUACCCGGAUGUGAAGAACAUAAAUUCUAAGAGUGACAGCGAACGCGAACUGUUAGAACUCUUGGAUUGGCUUCGCCGAACAGUACGAUACUACGAUGGAAUGCAUGGCAAAUAUCCCAACAACUACGCGAUGUACGAGAGCGUCAAUGGGGAAAAGUUGGAGAAGCAAAACACAUACAAAAAGGUGAAGAGCAUUAAUGCCGCUAAGAUGACACCGGAAAUUCAAGAGUUGAACAGUCUCUGGAGCCAGCUGGAGCGUCAUAUGCAGCAGUGGUUGUGGUACUUGGACAGCAGUCUUCCGGACCAGUUCGGUGCAAUUGGACGCUGGUUAAGCAAUGGUGAAAAGCUGUUGAACGAUGACGAUAUACCGAGCAACAUGAACGAGGAGACGGCUUCGCUGAUUAGCAAGAAACUUGAGGCGCACAAGCAAUUCUUCGCAUCGUACUACGAGGUGCGUGAAACGUUCAACAACGUAAAGAUGACACCGUUGGCAAAGAAGGUACCCCUGGCACAGUUGCAAAACAUGGAAAAGAGAUUGCUCGACAUCGAACCAUGCGCCCGACAGCGGCGCAUUAAGUUGAAGUAUCUCGAGCACAAGUGUUGUCUGAUAGCGUUCCUGAACCUGCUCGAGAACAAGAUAAAUGGUGUGAAGUACAAUAAUGAGGAAACGGUGAAGCAAUCGCUCGAUCAUCUGAAGAACUUUGUCACGCGCAAUCAAAUCAUGCAAGAGUUCGAGAAAGCGCUGAUCGAUAUGCGUCAGGUAAUUGAGGAGUACAAGAUCGAUGGUAAUAUUACGAAGAAGGAGAUGUACAACAUCGAUGUGUUUUUGCACGAGAUCGAGGAUCGCUGGAAGAAUGUGUCAUCGCGAUUGAUCUGUACGGAAACGAUGCUGGAAGAUGUAUUAUCGCACUGGCAGCGUUGGCGCACGUUAGUGCAUGAGAUCGAGGCAUGGUUGGUGCAAGCACACGAUGCACUGCAAGGUACGGAAGAUGAGCGUAUCGAGUUUUUCCAGAACAUUAACGUGUACAAGGAAAAGUUUGACGCACUGACGGAUACAUUUAACAUUUUGAAAUCGACCUGCGAUCAAGAGACUAGUGUUGGGUUGGAAAGAAAGUACGUUCAGCUAGCAGCACACUGGGAGCAGGUGUUCCAGCACACCAAGCAGUACUUACAUGUGGGCGAUAUUUUGCAGCAUCGUCAAAAGUUCAAGGCAGAUGCCGCCCAGUUAAAUGAAUGGAUUCAACGCACCGAAACGGCACUUGGUCGUAACAAUUUGCGCGAUGCAGGUGAGAUCCGUCGGUGUGAAACGGAAAUUAAGCAAAUUGCUUGUGAAAUCGAAGCAAUGGAAGAACUGUUCAAAUCGAUCAGCCGUAGCUUCCAGGCGCUAAUCAAGGAGUACUCGCGGGACGAAGUUGACCGUAUGAUGACGAUGAUGAAGAAACAGAAGGAAGCGUUGGUACGGGUGCGUGCACAGAUACCGAUCAAGUUGCAUCUGUUCCAUCAGCUGCUAACUCAGCAAGAAGCGCUCGAAAGUGGUCAGCGGGAAAUUUCGCAGUGGUUGGAUGAGGCCGAAAAUCUGCUCAUAUCGUACUCGUUCACCAACGAUCCACAACAGACGAAGAACAAUAUGGCAAAGCACAAAUCAUUCUUCAACCGUACACUGUACUACAAAUCGAUGCUAGAGAGCAAGAACAACGUGUUCCAGAAUCUGCUCAAGCUUACCGAUACGGACAGUAGUGUUGAUAUGAGUGAUGCAGCUUCAAAAAUGAAGCAACUGAACGAUCGAUUCAAUUACGUUAUCAACAAUGCGAAUGAUUGGGAGUACAAAUUGCAGGAAAAUCUGCGUGUUUGGGAAAACUUUAACGAAAGCAAACAGAAGGUGGAGACGUUCCUGCGUCAAGCGGAAGCGUUCCAAAAGUCUGCCAUACCGGUGGAAAAAGAAGCCGAUGCCGAAACGCAGCUCGAGUUCUUCAACUCGGCCGAUCAGACGAGCAUCAACAAACUGGAACGUAAUACGGAAGAUUUGUUGAAGUAUUUGCCACCGACGGAGCAACAAAUACUGAUCGCCAAAGUGGAAGACAUCCAGCGUCAGUGGAGCGAGGUUAUUCAACAGAUACCGCUGCAUCUGCUAAAGGUUGAGUUCCGACUGAAUGAGCUAACGUUCAAUGGGUGUGCUAAUGACAUCGAGAAGGAAUUGAACGCUGAAGAGCAAGCGUUCAAUUGCAACGAAAACUUCGAAGCCAUUUUGCAGCGCAAUUUGGACUACUUUAAGAAGAAUGAUCUGCAGCGCGUGGAACAGGUGUUGGGUAAUAUGGAAAAGAUUAACUACAUCUAUCUCGAGAAGUCGGCCAACGAUCAAGCGCUGGCUCCGCUUUAUCAGCGUGCAAACGAUAGCUGGAUCGCAAUCUGCAAACGAAUCGAUAGUGUGCGAAACAUUUUGCACAAAAUUCCGGCCCAAUGGGACGCGUAUCAUGCGAAGUUUGAUGAGAUGAACGCGUGGAUGGAUCGGGUAGAUGAAUCGUUACGGCAGAUCAUGGUCGAGAAGCAGACGAUGGAAGAGUUCGAGCAGGAAAAGGCCACGUUCCAGAACAUCUGCUUCGAAGCUGAUGCAAAGCGGGAAGAUAUGAAGUGGUUGGUAAAAACGUUGGACUUCCUCCUGAGCCAUACCAAUGAAGAGCAAGCAACAAUCGAGCAAGAGAAAAUCGAAAAGCUGAUUGCCCGCUACAAAACCCUCAUACCAACGAUCGAAACAACGAUGACCAAAACGGAAGUGUUUGCCAAGUGUUACACGUACCGGCGAGAGGCACAAGAAAUUUGUGACCUGCUGGAUCGUAUCAAAUCACAGGCCCGAAGUGUCCCACCACCCGAAAGCUUUAAGCGUGUGAACGAAAUGAUCGAAGAACAGCAGUACUCGAUCAAGGAGCUAGACAAUCAGCGUGCACACAUCAUGAAGAUGCUGCAGCGCGGUAAGGAUUUGAGCAAGAAUCCUAGCGCACCACAGUUCAUUGCCGGUGAGAUUCGUAAGCUAGAAUCCGGUUGGAAUGAUACGUACAAUGAGGCAGCAGAGAAGGUACGCGCCCUGAAAGCCAUCCAGAAGGUUUGGGGUGACUACAAUGAGCAGAAAGGACAGAUUGUUGGUUUGCUGAACACGGCCGAGAUGGAGCUACGUUCGGUGACGCCUUUACAAACUGAUCCGAAGAGUGUUACCCAGGAUCUGGACAUGAAACGCCAGUUGGCAAUGAACCUAAAGCAAGCGUCUUCCAAAUCCUUGCUCCAGCUGAAUGAUCUCUGUCGUGAUUUGGGUAUGUCAUUACCACCGACUACACGGCAGGUGAUUGAGAAGGAAGUGAGUGAUCUCGGGAAGCGUGUGGACAAUACAGUCGAUUACGUCGAGAAGCGUGUCGUUUACCUCGAAGACUACAGUGACAAGUGGAACGAGUAUAAGCAGCGGCUAGACAGUCUGAAAAGCUGGGCAAACAACGUGUAUCCGAAGAUGGUUGCCGCCAUUAAGCAACCACAGAUAAGUGCGGAAGAUCGUGUACUGAAAACAAAACAGCUCGAAGGUGUACUUACCGAGAAGAUCCGGCAGCUGGACGUGUUGAACGCGAGUGCUGCUGAUCUUGCAUCAAAGGAAGGAAACUUGAGCGAGAUGAAACGUUUAAAGGCGGAAGUUGUACACCUGCAGGGAACCUUUACCGAACUGCACCGCAUGGUUGACAGCGAGAAGGCCUUGGUUGGUGAAGACUUCGAAACGUGGAAGAGUUACAACCGCGAUAUGGACGGUCUGAAGGAGUGGGUCGAACGAGCCAAACUUGCUCCAGAACUGGAACAAAUCAGACCCUCGACCUUGUCGGAAGCACGCGCCUAUCAGGCACGAUUGGAAACGUUCAACGAGCAGUGCGAAGGCAAGAUGGACGAGUUGCAGAAUGCAAUUAAAAACUCCCAAAACAUCCGGUACGGUGUGAAACCGUCGGAAGAAACGGAUCGGUACUAUAUGAUCGUAUCGAGCAUCUACGAAAACGUGCAGCAUCUGUUGAAUAAGACGGGAAAACUAGUCACCAAUUGGGCGAUCCUGGAUGGUGAUCUGGAGAAACUGAACGGUUUCAUCGAACGGGCGGAAGUACGUAUGGGAGAAUUCGGCACAGUACAAGGACCAGCCGCUGCACUUCCGAUCGAUCUGCUGGAAACAAAGAUCAAAUCGCUGAAACUGUUCAGUAAUGAAAUUUCUGAGCAGCAGGCCAAAUUGAUCGCAUUGGUGCAUAUGUUUGAUCAAAUAAAUCACAGCCUUUCGGAGGAUGGAGUGCAUGGUGUACGCGAUAAGUUGAAAUCUGCCAAGGAUCGGCUAGCCAAGCUGAGUGAUGAUGCACGUGCACGCAUAAACGCAAACUACGAGAGUAUUGUUGAGCAGCAGAACUUUAACGCCCAAAUGACUGACUUCAGCAACUGGAUGGAUCAGAUACGAACGAGCAUUAGUGAGCUGGAGAAUACAGCUGUGGACGAGAUCGAACUGGCCGUACAAAAUGUGCAGUAUCUGGUACAGCAGCACGCCGACAAACGGGACACGUUCAACCAGAUCUACGCACAGGUUAAGCAACAAAGUUUGUCCAACAAUCCGAUGGAGAACAAGCUGUUGAACGAAACGUACAGCUCGUUGGCGAGCAACUACCAAAAUCUAGAAUCGAGUUUACUUCAGAUGAAAGACUUCCUACAGAAAUGGGUCGAGUUUUUGCAGUGGCACAACACUACCAAAGAUCAGCUGGCUUAUUUGCGCGAGAGUAUGAUAAGGUACGAUGUGUCCAGUGAGGAGCAGCUGAACGAUGCCAAUCGUCGCAUUAGUGAAGUGGCUGCAGGAAUUGAAAACUGGCGUCGGCUGUCGAUCGCGAUGGAGCAGGAACCGUGCAUCUCGUUCCACGACAAAGCUCACAAGCCAGUUAGUGCGAUCAGUAUGAUUGCGGACUUGGAUCAUAAGUUGGUGAGCAUUAGAUCGCAGGUAGAUGGCAAGCUAAAGGAGGUAGAAAACACCAAAGAUCGCGUUAACAAGUUCCACCAGACGCAGCAAGAGCUUACGGAUUCGCUCAAGAGUAUUGAGGAGAAGCUGAAAGGCAUCAUUCAAGCUGCACGAUUGUCUACCCUGGACGAUGGUAUGGAGGAUCUAUCGACGUUGAACGAAAAGAUCAGCGAGCUGUGCAGUGCAAAGGCACAGGUACAGUACGAGGGCAAUCUAUUGCUGAAACAGGACGUUGUUGAUACUGGCAUGGAGAUUCAGGAAGAGCUUGGUAAGCUCGAUAAGAAGGUUUCGGAGUUGCAGCAAGAGUCCGAUGAAACAUUGCGCGUCUUUUCGGGCACGAGCGAUUUGUAUGGCGAUUUUAACAAGUACAACAUGAGCUUUGCUAACGAACUGAAACAGAUCGAGACGCUUAAUAACGGUACCGUACUGAACUUCGAUAACAAACCGGCAUUGCAACAGGCCCUCGAUCAGCUAAAAAAGGCUUCCGAAACUAUGAUGAAAAAGGUGAAGAGAAGCCUAGAUGUAGUGGCGGCAAAGGGUAACGAGUUGGCGAAAACGUUCCGUGCUUAUAAUCCGCAGGAUUGUGAUAACAUACUCGACAUCAUUCGUCAUAAUAACGAGCUGUUUAAGGCGAACCUGGAACGCUUAAUCGACAAUUCGAGUGUGCUCGAUCAGAAGGUUGCCCUGUACAAGCAGGCGGACGAGCUGCAUCAGGAUCUAGACGAUUGGUUGCAAUCGAAACGCGACCAGCUAUCGCGCGUGCUAGAGAACCCGGGUGAGAUCGAGAGCAAAAUUGUGACCUACCGUGCGGAACUGCCGGCACAACAAGCGUUCAAGGAAAAUCUGGAUGGUUUGCUGCAGGAGUUUAAAAAAAUGAAUGGUGGCAAUUUACCGAAGGAUUUGCAUGGAAUGUCAGUACAGCUGGAUGAUGCUUUCCGUGCGAUCGAGGAUACUGUCGGUCGGUUGAACAAUCGCAUGUCCGAGUAUACUGCCGACGAGCGACGGUUGAAGCUUUCGAUCAAGGGUAUUAUUGAGCGUAUUUAUAGUAUACGCGAGGAGAUUGUAGGCUGUGACGAUAUGACACUGGACAGUGGCAAGCAGCUCGUUCAUCUUACCGGCUGUCGUGAGUUACGGCGGAAGUUAAAUCUGGUUGGUGAAGAAAUCACGGAGCUGAAGAACGAAUUCGCCUCGAUGGAAGCAAAGUACGAUCAAGGCAUCAAGGAAGCGUCUACCGUCUCGAAAGAAAUCCAAAAUCUUGAUCAACGCUUUGGGUUGGUGAUGAACAGCUUGAACGAAGUGGAGACAAAACUGACGAAGGGUGUGGAGAAAUCGUUCAAGGAUAAGCUGGGGGCAUUGACCAGAAUGAUUGGAGCGCAGAGUGAAAAAUUGAACUGGUGCGCUCCGGAACCUACGAGCGAUAAGUACCAGCUGGAGGUGAAACGUACUACGCUGAACGAUGUACGCACAAGCAUUGAGGACUGUGAACGUAUCCUUGGCGAGGUGGAGCGGUCGCUUACGGGUGCGGUGACAGAACUGUUUUCUCCGGCAAAGAUUAACAAUAUGACCGACGAAACGAAGGAAGUAAGCAAACAGCUCGAGGUGUUGAAGCACGCUUUCGUAGAGACGGAAAAACAGCUAACCGAUAACAUUGCCCUGUGGUUGAGCUACGAAACUAUCUCGGAAGAGGUGAUUCAUUUCCUGAAGGACCUAGAAGCUCGCAACCGCAUGGAGACGGUCCUGUUGAUUGAUUUGGCGAAUCUGGGUGAUAAAUCGAAGGAAGUGAGUCAGGCACGCGCGACGCUGGAAGAGUUCAAGGUGAAAAUGGAUCAACUACAGUCCGUUGGCAAUCAGUUGAACGAGGUGAACCAGGAAUCGCGAGCCCUUGUGUUGGUUCACCAUCUUCAGAACAAAUAUCACACAUUCAGCAAGUACUUCGCCCAACUGCUCGAUCGCUUGGAAGACGUACGCUUGAAGGACGUUCAGUUCCGUGAGGCGGUUGAUAAGAUACGUCAAUGGUUGCGAGAGAUGCAGAACAAAAAGCAUGCACAAAAUCUUGGAGCGGAUGCCCAAGUACAGGCCCUUUCCGAUCGCGAGUAUGAAGCUGCUAAGGCGUUGCGAGCAGAGAUCCUGUCGAAGGAUAGUGCUCUUAAUGAAACUUGCUCUCUGGGAGAAAAUCUUUACGCCGAAGUAAGUGUCGAUUGUCGCGAGGGAAUCCGUGACGAGAUGAAGCGUUUACGCACCGACUACAACGCACUCCUGGAGGAAGUGAACGGUGGCAUUAAGCGUAUCGAGUCUGAUUUGAUCAAGAAGAAAUCGAUCGACGAAAGUCAUAACCAGCUGAACAAUUGGUUGACGGAACUGCGAGGUAAAAUCACGUCCGGGUUAACUGAUCGCUAUGCAACGCUGCCGGAGAAGAAGAGUGCUCUUUAUAGUGGCAAAAACAUGCAGAAAGACAUCACGGUGCAUGAGACGAACUUGGAUCAAAUUCAGAAGAAGGUUAUGGCAUUGCCAGAUAAAAGCUCCCUGGCACAUAUCGAAGAAACACGCCAAAAUUAUGGUGCCCUUCGUGAGGAACUUGAUCGAAAGAUUGCACUUCUGGAGCAAGCCAUCAAGUCGCACGAGCAGUACAAUACGAUGUUGGAAAAGUCACGCGAUUGGUUGUUGAAGCUUCAAUCCCAAACGGAAGACAUGUUCAACGAUGGCGAUCUUACGAAGGCAAAGCUAGAGGAAUAUUUGAUUCUAGUUGAUACGGUACUAACGGAGGAGGAAGCUGCUCUAGACGAUGUGAACGAGUGUUACAAGCAGUUCGCCGUUGUUAUGGCCCAAACGCACGAGAACGGUCAUUCGGAGUUGUUGCGUGCGUUCGAAGACAACAAGCGUCAGUGGACCACGUUUUUCGACAAGUGCCGUGCGUUUAAGGCUCGAUCGACCGAAUCGCUGAAACAGCUGGACGCAUUCAACGGACGGCUGGAAGGAGCUUUGGCAUGGUUGGCAGAGAAAAAGAGUGAAAUCAAGGACACUACCGCCCAGGGCCCGCUGGACGCUAAGCAGCAGUGUUUGGAGGCGUUGAAGAAAUUGCGUGACGACAUCCAAAGCUAUGGCGUGAAUGUGAGCGGCAUUCUGGAGGAAAGCCAUCAGGUGAAAUCGAAGUUUGAUGUCAGUGGUAAGGUGGGACAGUUGCAGAACGAGUAUCGUGUUGUGGCUGGGUUGUGUGCGGAAGCGAUUGCAAAGGCAGAAUCUACUCUCCACGAUCAAAGUGAUUUCAACCAGGCGUAUGAUGAGUUUGAACGGCUGCUGCGCAAAAAUCUAGAAGGUUUGGAGGAAUUCCGUGUGCUGGUCGGUGACCUGAGUGUGUUGCAGGAACGACAGCUACGCUUGAAGGAGAUCGCUUACAAACGAUUGGAUGACAGUAGCCCGUAUGAAGAUUUGAUCAAUCGUGGCGAAAAACUUUACUCCUACACCAGCCCCGAAGGUCGAGAAUUGAUUCGUCAGAAACUGGGAGCGAUUCGUGAAUUAUGGGAUCGUUUUUCGGACGAGUUGAACGCGGUAACACAACGUCUAGAUCAGUGCAUUCUUCAAUUUGGAGAAUUUUCACUGCAACAGGAACAGCUUUCGAAGUGGUUGAAGGAUAUUGAAAAGUCAAUGGAAGUAAAUGCUGAGCUGAAGGCAAACAUACAGGACAAGCGUACUCAGUACCAGAACCACAAGCUAAUGCAUCAGGAGAUUCUCUCCCAGGUGGGACUGGUAGAAUCGGUUUGUGCAAAAGCGCAACAGUUGCUUACGCUAACGCAGGAUCAACACUUGCAAAGCUGUGUAGUGUCGAUCAAGGAUACAUAUCAGGGAAUAGUGCGCAAGUCCGGCGAGCUAUUGGACAACCUCAACGCUUGUGUUCUGGUGCAUCAAAACUACGUAACUGCCUGCAGCAAACUUCGUAGCUGGAUCAACGAAGAAAAGGACAAGGUGUUCUGCUGCGAAGAAACCGGUGGUGAGAAAAAUGAAAUCAACAAACGCAUCGAAGCGCUUAGCAAUUUGAAGCUCGGUAAACCGAAGGGCGAAGAAUUGCUGAACGCGCUAGUACAGUGUUUCGACGCAAUGAAGGAUAGUACGUCUCCGGCUGGAAUCAGUAUGAUCGAACGCGAGAUUGGUGAGCUUCGCAACGAUCUGGCAAGCUUGUAUGGACAGAUUGAGGAGUUGAUCGGAAACCAACGCAAAUCACUCACCGGUUGGAGCCAGUUCGAUCAAGAUUUGGACGCCCUUACAAAAUGGUGUCGCUCGAUGGAGGGUAUUUUCCGCGAGCAACAGCUGUACGAUUCGCUCGAACGCAAGCAGCAACAGUUGGAGGUGUUCCGAAAGAAUCAGGAAGCGAUCGGUGAGAAGCAGAAACAGAUCGAUGAUUUCGUUACCAUGGCUCAGGCACUGUUUACCAAAACCGGCGUGGAGAAGAUAAAGUUCUACAUCAACCAGCUGAUCAAUCGCUACCAGUUGCUGCAAGUGCUGAGCAAGGAGGUUGCUAACCGUGCCCAAAACAUCGUCAACGAUCACAAAAACUACCAAGAAAGAUAUACCGAAAGUGCAGCACGCCUGCAAGAAAUUGAGAAGGAUCUGGAAGCAUUGGGACACGAGAAGCUGGGUGCUGCCAAUCAGUCAAAACUGCAGCAGCUAGAGAUUGAGAAGGAAAGGUUUGAGAAUAAUCUUACCAGCUUGGUGACGGCCAGUGAAAAAGUGCUGCCCGAAACAAAUACCCAGGGACGUGAGAAGAUUCGUGAAGAGGUGCGUCAGCUGAAGGAUCGUUGGGAUCAGAUCAUUGCAGGGUUGAAUAAUCUGAAGAAACAGCUUGACGUCCGUUCGAUCCAGUGGUCUUCCUAUCAGGACAUUUUGCAGCAGGUGUUGCAAUGGUUGGAUGCCACCGAGCGUAAGAUUGAACCUAACGAGUCGCAGAGCUGGAACUCUACGCAAGAGAUCCGUUCGAAGCUUUUCAAGUAUAAGGCUAUUCUGCAGGAAAUCAGUGGCCAUCGGCGUAUAAUCGAUUCGCUGAAGGAGAAGGCAGAUUCACUCGGGUCGGAUGUGCAGAACGAAGAUAUCAAUGCAAAGGUCCAGUCCAUAACCGAGCGGUACGAGUUGCUGAAAAAAUCUUGCAGUGAUUUGAUACGCAAAUUGGAACAAUCACUGGAGCUAUGCAAUAAGUUCAACGAAUCGCAAAAAUCAUUGCUUGACGAACAAGACUAUCUGUUCGGGGAGCUGAAGCAGCUGUCGGAUGUGUCCGGAAACAAGCGUGUCGUUCAGGAGAAGGUCCAAAAGAUUGAUGAUUUGCAGCAAGCCAACGGGAAGAUGGAAGAAAAGUUUAAGCAUCUAGCUAAACUUAUCACUGACAAUGGAGAUCUAAUAUCGUACGGCGCGAAGACGGUAAUGGAGCAAGAUCUGCUGAAGAUGAAGGGAGACUUUGAAAAGUUUGUCGCAUCGAUUGGAGACGCCAGGGUGGAGUUGCAGAAGCGUUUACAGCUGUGGGAUGAUUACCAGCGUGAUCUCGAUCAGAUCGGAGCGUUUUUAGCCGAGGUGGAAGACACAAUGCGAGGUUACACCCUCAAGAACAGCUUGAACGAGAAACAGGAGCAGCACGAGUACUAUCAGGCGCUGCUGGGACGAUUGAAGCAAAAUGCGCUUGAGUUCGAUAAGCUGCUAGACAAGUCAUCGGAGCUGUUGCAGAGCAGCGGUGAUACGAAGAUUUCGUUCAACAUGCAACAGCUAAAGUCUCGUGCACAGUCCGUCGAUGGUACGGUGAAGGAGUUGGCAAAGAAGUGCGAAAGUGCCUACAACGACCACAAGCAGUAUCGCAAGCGAUACGACGAGUGUGACAAAGAGCUGGACGAAAUACGGGAUGUGUUUGACGGGUGUCGCAUGCAGAAUGCUCAAAACCUGCAGAGCACAGGCCAGCAGCCGGAUCCGCAAGCAGUACUGGGCACAAUACAAUCGCUGCUCGCUAAGCACAACAUGGUAACGGUGCAAUGCAAUGCGGUGUCCGAUGGGGGCGAACAGCUGUACGCUACCACAUCAUCCAAGGGCCAGCAGAUGAUUCGAAGCGAAAUCCAAGAACUAACAGCAAAGUGUGAACGUUUGUUUGACGAGGUGAAUGAGUACGCCCGGUCAUAUGAGGGCCGUUUGGCGAAGUUGUCUGGAUUUAUGGAGAAAGCGGAACAGCUGCAGGAGUGGCUCAACAACGUUGAAGGCCAGUUGGGUCGUGGCAGUUUGAUACUGAAGCCAACACUGGACGAAAAAUGUGCUCAGCAGCAGGCCUAUUUGGAGUUGCUGAAUGACAUUAAAAACCACCGACCUGAGCUGAAUAAUGUGCGUGAUUUGGUGGACAAUAUGCAGGAGCGUCAUCCGAGCAUAGAACGAAGGAUGGCUGAACUUACCGGUAAAUAUGAAGAAUGUUUGGAGAAGGCACAAAACUAUGGCGAUCAGUAUGAUCGUAUUGUGCAUAACCAUCGCCAGUACUGUAAGGCCGUAAUGGAAACGCAAGAUUUUAUUGAUGCCAAUCACAACACGGUGGAACUGUGGGGUGAAACCGAUCUGGAUCAAGUAUCGCUCAUGACUAAUCUGGACCGUCUGACGGAGUUGAAGAAAUCUAUCGUGGCGGAACAGAACCGUGUGGAGCAGAUACGAGCAAUGGGUGAAGCUACUAUUCCUGAUACGAGUGAUGAAGGUCAGGCGAACAUACGCUCCCAGAUUGACAUUUCACAGCAGGAGUGGGAAGGUUUGCUAGCUGCUAUUGAUACCACGAUGGACGGUAUUCGUGGUAAGAUGAGCGAAUGGAGCGAUUAUGAGAAAAUUCGUACGGAUUGUAUGAACUGGAUGCGUGAUGUUGAUGCGAAGAUCCAUUCGGUCGAUCUGAAAGCGACACUGAUUGAUAAGAAGGCUACGCUGGAUUAUCUGAAGAGCUUGCAGGGUGAGGUAAAGGCAAAGGAGCUGGAAAUCGACAACUUUACCGAGAAGGCUCAACAGUUGUAUCGUGGUUAUUUGAGCAGCCGUAAUUCUCAAAUAUCGGAGCUAGCGGUGAAGUAUCAGCAAACUGCUAGCCGUAUCAAAGAGCUUGUUGGUCGUUGGCAACAGUACGUGAUUCAACAUCAAGAGCUCGAAACGCGCAUCGGCGAACAUCGCGAUUGGUUGAACAGUGUGCGUGAGAAGCUGAACUACUGUGCUGAUCUUUCGAGCACGUCCGAGAAAGAACUUCAAAGCAAGCUUAAACUCGUCCAGGAUAUGAUUGUGAAUAAAGAAGAUGGUUCUGGACGGUUACAGACGAUCGUGGAUCUUGCGCAGCAAGUGCUUGCCUGUACAACACCCUCCGGACACGAGGCUGUCAAUAAGGCAGUCGCUGCAUUGCAAGAGGAAUGGUCCUCGCUUGCGUUACGCAUGAUCGACAUCCGUGCGAACCUGGACGAAGCCAUCAAUCAGUGGUCUGGCUUUUUGGAUCAAGUGAAUGAUCUGAAGCGAAACAUCGAUUGGAUGGAGAAUGAGCUGAGUGGAUUCGUCGAGUUCCAGGCCACGAUGGCCGAUAAGCGGGCACAGCUGGAGCGGAUCAAGAAUACGGAGGAGAAAAUCCGUUUGGAGAAGAUCGAGAUCGAGCCGUUGAAGCAGAAAACGGCCGAGAUGGCAGCUUCAGGUCAACAGUCGCAGGCAGCUGCUACGGCUCAGCAGAUUCUCAGCAAGUUCGAUUAUUUGGCGGAAAAGAUCAGCAAGAUAUUAACCGAUCGUGAGGAUCAGUACCGUGAUCACCGCCUGUACAAGGAAGCUUAUGAUGAUCUGUUCAAUUGGAUUAGCCGUGCGAGGGAGAAGUUGCCUUGCGUAAAGCAACAGUCCUUGAGCGAUAAGCUAACGAUGGACAGCGCCAUUGCACCGCUGGAUGCGCUGAUGAACAAGAAAGCACAAGGUGAAUUGCUGGUGGAGCAUCUGGUGCACACCGGUGAGGUUGUGAUGGCUUCAACGUCCGAAAAGGGCAAAGAAGCGAUCCGUAGCGACAUUAAUGGGUUAAAGACGAACUUUGACUCACUGUUCGGUGACAUUGACAAGCAGAAGCGUGAUCUGGAGAAGACACUCAAUUUGCUGCGCGAGUACAAGGAAGAGUACGAGCGACUGUCCGAAUGGUUGCAGCAAGUGGACAUCCUGGUAAAGAAUCAUAAGCUGGCAAUGUGCUCGAAUUUGCCCGAGAAGGAAAAGCAAGUACGCGAGAUGCGUGAACUCAUUGGCAAGCUUGAAAAGGGUCAGGGAGAGAUGGAUAAGUUUAAUGCGUUCGCCGCACCACUGCUGCAAUCCCAUCUCGAUACGUACAUCGGCAAUCAAUUGCGACAUCUGAACUCACGCUAUCAGGUGCAGGUAAAUUUGGCCAAGGAUGUGCUGAAGAAGGUUGAGACGAACCAUGAUCUGCACCGCGAAUACAAGGAUAAUCUCACAAAGGCAAACAGUUGGAUUGAGAAUGCGAAGGAGAUUGUGCGCUACUCGACCGAAAAUGUGGACAGCGUUAGCAAGGACAACCUGGAGAAACGGCUGGAGAAGAUAGUGGAACUGAUACAGCAGCGUGAACAAGGUCAGCAUCUUGUGAAUGCGACUGUCAACACGGGAGAAAAGGUUGUGAAGAGUACCAAAUCCGAUGGCAAGGAAGUGAUCAAUGGUGAGAUUAAGGACAUCCAAACGAACUGGGACCGGUUGGUGAAGCGUAUGUCCACGGCUAAGGUACAGCUCGAGACGAAUCUGCUGCAGUGGGCGGACUACAGCUCCAGCUAUAAUCAUCUACAGCAAUGGAUUCAAGAUCGUGAGAGCAAACUGCAGCAAGUUUGUGAGCAGAAGGUCGUUCGCUUCCGUCUCGGUGGUACUUCGAGCAGUCUGAGCAGUGGUUUGAACGAGCGUCGCGCCAAUCUUCGUCAGGCGAACGAUAUCGUACAGGAUAUUGUAAGCUUCGAGCCGAUGAUUCAGUCCGUUGCAAGCAAAGCGUCGGAUCUGCGUCAAACGUCGCCCGCUUCGGAGAUAUCAAACAAGUACGAAACGCUCAGCAAGCAGGCAAAGGAACUGUUUGAAAAGCAGAAGGAAACGGUUGAACUUCAUCAGGCGUUCAUUGAUGCAAGCAAUGAGUUCGCUGCCUGGAUUCGAAACGCUAAGGAAUGUCUGAACAAAUGCUCUGAUUCGCGUGGUGAUAAGGAAACGCUCGUUUCUAAGAUGACACAGCUGAAGAUAUUGGACAACGAUGUGCCGGUUGGUCAGAAAAAGCUGGAAAAAGCACUCGAACAAGCGGAAGUGGCUUGUCGCAAUGUGGACAGCGAAGAGGUGGAAGCGAUAGAGAAGGAGGUAGCCAUUUUGCAGGAAGAAUUCGACAACUAUUGCUUGGCGCUGAAAAAGAUCAGUGGUGCACUGGAGAAUGGUAUCGUACGGUGGACCGAGUAUGAUGAUCAAUAUGGUGUGGCACUGAAAUGGUUGGACAGUAUCGAACAGGAAGUCCAAACGUACAACAAGAUGCAGGCCAAUCUGCAGGAGAAGAAGCGGGUCUUGGAAGAGUUCCAGGACAAGUUGCAAACACUGUUCGACUGGCAACGGGAGCUUGAUAGUUUGAAUAUGCGAGCUCAGGUGUUAUUGGAAAUUUGUGCCGAUACACGCAUCAGUAAUGGUGUGACACAGCUAACCACCAAGUACAAUGUGCUGCUGUCGAUUGCGAAGGAGAUCAUGCGCCGUCUAGAACUGCAUUACCAAGAACACCAGCAACACAAUACGUUGUAUGGCGAGUGUCAGGACUGGUUGGAUAGGAUGCGUGAGAAAUUGAACGAAUGCGAAUCUGUUCCGCAUACUGUCGCAGAAACCCAAUCCAAACUGAACAUUGUAAAGGGUAUCCGCCAGUCACUGGAACAGGGACAGAACAAGUUGCGUUAUCUGAUCGAGCUAAAGGAGAAAAUUGUGCUCAGUACGGAGACGAGCGGCGCUUCGAAGAUUGAGGAGGACACGGAAAAUUUGAAGACCGAAUAUGAAUCCCUGAUGGUGGACAUAACCGAAACACGUCAACGGCUCACCAAUCAUCUCGCACAGCUCGAAGAUAUUGGUAAGUUGUCGCGAAUGUUGGCCGAAUGGAUUGAGGAGGUGCAGGGCAAGUUGGACGCUGGUGAGACGAUGCAGAACGAGCUGGCCGAUAAGCGCGUGCUGUUGGAAAAGUAUCGUGCCAUUCAGCGAGAAACUGGAAACUACAACGAAGUGGUGGAGAAAAUCAAAUCCAAGAUGACCGAUAAUGCUAACAUUGAUGUAGAAGAGUUCACUAAAAUACUUACCGAUUACGAAGCGAUCGUAGCUAAGGUUGCGGCCGAAAUCGAGCGGCUUGAAAAUCAGGUCAAUAAUCACGAAAGGUUCAAGCAAGCGUUGGGUGAGCUUUACGAAUGGAUGAAAGCAACGCGCCAGACGAUCCAACAAUCGUCCGAUUUCCAUGGUGAUAAGGAGCAUAUCGUGAGCCGCAUCGAGAAGUUGAAGGGAAUUGAAGUUUCAUUCGCCGAAGGUAAAGUGUUGCUGGAGAAUAUGGCCGACAUGGGUAACUCACUGGCAGCGAUCAGUGGCCAAGAAGGACAGGCUACGAUUAAGCAGGAAAUACUGCAAGUGAAGGCAGAUUGGGAUGAGCUGGAGGAGCUGGCCAGAAAUUCGAGACAAACGCUGGAAGAUUGUCUUGCAUCGUGGGAUAGCUUCCUGGAUAAGUCGGAAACGCUGGGUGCUUUCUUAGACGAGUACAAUGUGAAAGUGAACGGAUAUGGUGCAAGCGAAGGAACUGCUGAUCAAGCCGCAGUACUUAGCGAUCUAAAGCGCAUACAGGAUUUGAUUCUGACGAAAAAGAGUACCGUCGAAGAGUUGAACGAUGUUUGCGAGGCACUUAUGGAGAAGAGUGCCUGUGCGACGGUUCGCGAUCGUACCGUAGAUCUGCAAAAAAGCUACUCGACGUUGCUUGGAAAAGUUCAAGGAUUUAUCACGAAACUAGAGAAAAACCUCGUCAGUCAUACCGAGUUUCUAUACUAUAAGGAAGAAAUCAACAAGUGGUUGAACGAUGCUAAUGCAACGAUUAAAAACUGCAGCGACGUUGCAGCGGAUGAUGUGCUAGUUAUCAAGCAGAAGGUAGUACAGCUUCAAGCACUGUCCAACUCAAUCCCACAGGGCCAAAAGCUGUUCGAGAUGUUGCAAGAUUCCUUCACGAAGUCUUCCUACCUAUAUCCGGAAGAUAAGCAAACAACCAUGUUCCAGGACAUUUCGGACAUUCGUGAUUCGCUUGAUACGGUUAUAAUUGGUAUCAGUUCGUCGCUAAACAACCUUAACGCACAGGCAAGUCGUUUGGAGUCGUACGAGGAGCUGAAACGGCGCAUCAACGAGUGGCUUGCGACAACGGAAAGCGUGUUCGAAACGCUUCCUGAAACUCAUGGUGAAAUGACCGAAGUGAAAACAUUACUCGAGCGUCUGAAGCACAUCCAAACGGAGAUAUCGUUCAAACAGUCCGACCUCGAAAACCUCCAGCAAGAAGCGGCAAAUCUUUUCGACGUGAACAAGUGUUCCGCUGAAAUGGAACGUGUCGCAAGUUUACAGUCUCGUUGCACCAAGCUCAGUGAAAAGUGUUCGUAUCAAAUUCGCAACUUAGAAACAGAACUGGACGAUCAGAUGGCGUACUACCAGAACCUGCAGGAAAUUGAAAAAUGGCUGCUCCAGAUCUCGUUCCAACUGAUGGCACACAACUCCUUGUACAUCUACAAUCGGGAGCAAACGUUGGAACAGAUUGCACAGCACGAGAAGCUGCUCGAUGAGAUACAGCGCUAUCAGGUCAAUAUUGAUGACUUCAAUGCCAAGGGCCAGUGUCAAAUCGAGCGAUACAUUUUAAAAGCACCGGCCAUCAAGAGUCGCAUCGAAACGCAAAUGAAGAAUAUUCGCGACAGCUACAAUUCGUUGCUGAAUACUUCGGUACAGAUCAAGAACAGGUUGCACGAUUCGCUGAACAAGUUCCAGGAGUAUGAAGACACGCUGGAUGACAUCAAUAGACAACUGGAUGCGAUGGAACCGCUGGUAGCGGAAGAACGAUUGCUAGAGGUAGUUGAUUAUACGGUCGGUCAGUGUCAGCUGGAGAAAGCGCAAAGCAUCCACAACAAGCUGCAGGUCGAGAAGAGUCGUCUAAUGUUUGCUGUGCAGGCCUGUGAAGCAGCGACAGCCAGUAUUAGCCGGCCCAGCUCACCGAUGGACAAUGUGUCGCAGAUGAUACCGGAGAAGGAGCUGAUGGUAAGAGCACGGCUGGAAGAUCUGAUCGAUGAUGUGCAGCAAUGGAUUGCAGAUUUGAUUUCCUCGAUAAAUGACUGCGAGCGUCAGCACAAGCAGAAGGUUGAGCUGGAGAACUGGAUUCAAAAGCAGAAGGCAAUCGUUGCCGAUUGGAGCUCGAAGCCUUGCAAGUUUAGACCGGAAGCGGCAGAGCAGGAGCUUCGCGCGAUGAAUGAACUUUCGCGUACGAUUACUGUCAAGCGGAAUGAUUUGCAGGGUGAAACGGAUCAGGAUCAUCGGUUGCGCGAAGAACUCGAGAAACUCCAGAGCAGCCUGAAGAAGGUGAUAGAUCGCAAGAAGGAAGACCAACUGGCGAUAGAGAAGUAUCGCAAGAACUACGAGGACGUGCAGGGUUGGCUGGAUGCGAUAACGAACCAAAUCGAUAACGUGGAGAAGGGUGGCGGUUUGAGCUGUAAGCAGAAGUUAGAGAAAAUCUCCAACAUUAAGCGCAUUCUUGAGAAUGAUAGCGAGAUGAUAUCGAAUUUCAAGCGCAACGGUGAUCAUAUUGUGGAGCUUGUCAGCAAUCUCGACGCGCAGCAGGUAACGGAGCAAUUGAAAUCCAUCGAUCGUCGCUAUAAUGAUAUCACCAAGCGACUGAACCGUCGGUUGGACGUGAUUGAUUCGACGAACAAAAUGUUUGGAAAGCUUCGUAGCGAUAUUGGAGAAUUGUCGCAGUGGGUUGUGGAUAAGAACGGCACGCUGGAUAUACCGUACCAGUUGGGAUCGGAUACAAAGUCGGCCGAAAAUCAACAGCAGACAUUUAAAUCGCUACUGAAAGAAAUUGAAGGCAAGCAAUCAUACGUUGACACACUGGGCAAACGGUUUUCGAGCAUUCAGUCAGAUUUGGAACCGAACGAAAAGCAACAGCUCGAAGCGGAACUGCACAUAUUGAUGAAGAACGUUGCCCUACUCGGGGAUCGUGUGCGUGGUGAGUUGGACAGAAUCGUGGAGGACAUCCUGUGCCGUAAGAACAUGCACAACAAUCUGGACGUGACGCGCGCGUGGAUCAAAACGAAGCAGAACGAUGUGAACAAGAUUUCGGAUCAGAUACCGCUGCUAUCGAGCAACGUAAACUCGGAGAUCAAGCUGUGCCAGCGCCAUGCACAGACGAUUCGGGAGUUUGAAGAAAACGCCUUCAGGGACGUAUCGAACCAGGUACGCGAAAUUAUGAAGGACUGCAGCGACGAAGGUAAGGCAAAGCUGGCUCAAGAAUUUGGUGACAUCGAGGCCAAACUAAGGGAGCUGGUGGAGAGCUGCUCCCGGAAGAUCGAGUUCAUGGAGCGGGAACAUGGCAAGCGGCGUGAGUUCGAGGGUCGCAAGGAUCGCGUGUGGAACUGGUUGAACGAGGCGGAAUCGAUCGUGUCGGCGGAUAUACGUACGACGAGCUACGAGAUACUGAAGGAUCAGAAACAAAAGUUCGACAAGCUGUGCAAGGAAUGUGAUGUAAUGAAGGGUGUCGUGAAGGAGUCGGAAGAUUUCAAGAGUGCAAUUUUGCCCACGCUGAACGAACUGGACAAGACGAACAUUAACAAUCAGGUGAAAGUGAUGCGUGAAAAGUGGAACGCGAUUAGUAAUGUGCUGAAGGUGAAGUGUAAGAAGUUGGAAGAUCAUCUGGUGGAGUAUGAGGAUGCGAUCGCAAAGAUUCAGGGUUGUGCCGCGUUUAUAGUGCAAGUGCAGGGACGGUUGAAGGAAAUGAAUCGCCCAGUGACAAGCAGGAUCGAAAACAUUCAGGACUUCCUGUUGGCGUACGAGCAGAUUCUUGGAAGUUUGAAGGAUAAACGGUUGGAAAUGAGUACGAUACUAUUGACCAACUUACCGCAACUUCGCGAAAAUUCGGCCAAACUGGAGGAAAUGAUUAUGGGUAUUGAGGAGCAACUACGUCGACUAAAAGCGAUGUUGCUGUUGAAGGAGCAGUUUAUCGGUGCGAUAAACGACAUUGUGAAGCUGAUUGCAAAGAUCAACACGGACUUCAACACUGUGGAUAACUUUAGUCCGACGGUUGAUGAACGAUUGAUGCGCUACAGUGAAAUUCUGCAGAGCAUCGAAGAAUGCGAAGGUUUGCUAGUGGCUGCCACGGACAAAGGUCAUCAAAUUGCUAGCGAUGGUACCGAUCUGGAUCGGCAUAACAUUAUGGAUCAGAUUCAUUCGCUCCAACAGCAGCUCGCAUCGAUCAAACGAUCGAUCGAGCUGGAGCACGAUAAGUACCAGAAGCAGCGAGCGUAUCACAAGACCCUGUCCAAUGAUCUGUUCGCGCUGGUGGACUGGUUCAAGGAUAAUGACGAGCACAUCAAGUCACGCCCACUGUUCGGGUUAGAUUUGAAGAUGGCCGACCAGCAGCACAGUGCACACAUCGCGUUAGCCGGAAAAGCCAACAUAAAUCUAAAGAUGAUUGAAGAUUUACUCGGAAAGUUAGCGCACACGGAUAGUAAACUGCCCGAAGAUCUGCAGGACAUGGUUGAUAGGGCGAGAACACUGCAAGAAACAAUACCGCAGGAGUUGGUUGCACGCGAAGCAUACCUCACCCAGAACCGUCAGUAUCGUUUGGAGUUCCGCGAUAGUAUGGAUCGCGUUAAGAAGUGGCUCGCGGCAGCGGAGGAUCGAUUCGAGCAUUCGAAAACGUUCAGCUUUGAUCAGGAGAAGAUAACGGUCGCGUUGAAGGAACUGGAAGAUUUUCUGCACAGUGAGGCCGAGAUCCGCACGUUGCUGUACAGUGGCAUACAGGAGCAGGCCGAUCGGUUGUGGAAUUCGUUGAGUGAAAUGGACCAAAACCAGUGUCUUGGUGAGUUGCAGCAAUUGAAAAAUCGUUUAAGUGAUGUGUCGCAUCGUGCCGCGAUUCAACAGACGGAACUGCUGUCCAACAGUGAUCUGGUGAAAUCGUACAAGAAACAUUCGAGUGCUGUGAAUAAUGUGCUUGUGAAGAGUAAAUUGGACGACACGAUUUUGACCAUCCCGACGCUACCGGCUCGUAUUGAUCAUAUCAACGUCUUGCUCAACAUGUUGCAGGUGCAGCAAAACGAGCUCGAUACGCUGAACGAACUAUCGCAAAAGAUAGUGAACCGUGCGGAUCAGUACAAUCGAGACCGGGUGCAAAAGGAAACUGCCGACGCGAACCGCCAGUGGGCCAACAACACCGCAUUGUUGGGAAAUUUGCGCGAAAAUCUCGUCCAGCUGCAGCAGCAGUGGGAUCAGCUCGAGAGCAUCCUGCAGGAGCUGGAGGUGAAGUCCAACCUGCUGCUCGAGAAGGAUCGUGGAUUGGAUUUGGUGGUACAUUCACGCGACCAAACCGAGGCGAAGAAGCACAUUGUCGAGAACUUGCUGGAGGACAAGUCUGCCCUUGGUCAGCUGAACACGAAGGCGAACGCACUCGCAAAAACACUCAUCAAAGCACUGCGCGAACAGAAGCUUCUGCCGCAAUCGUUGGAAGAAAAGCUAACGCACCUGAACGACAUCAACAUACGACUUUCGGACAAUCUUUCGAGAAAGGAUCGUCAAUUGCGGGAAAUUCUGAGCGAACUGCAGCACUAUCUGGACCAGAUAGGUGAGCUAGCCCAACGCAUCGAGUCGGUACGCAAGGAUCUGACCCAGAUAAACCCAUUCGACGAACGGCUGUACCAGACGGAGAAAGCACUCGGUGCGGUGCGAGACGCGGCCGAGAAUUGUAGCGUACAGCGGGAAGAUCUUCGUCGGCGCAUUAACGAAAAGUAUCUGCCGGUGCAGAAGUUUGUGCCGUCGGAUCUGAAGGACGGGUUGGAAUUGUUGGACCGAUCGCUAACGAGCAUCCACACUACGAUGGAGGACUAUCAGGGUGCGUACAAGAAGGCCAAAACCAUCCGCACGGACUAUUUCACCGUGUACGAUCGUAUCAAAACGUGGAUCGAAAAUGCAGAGCUGACGAUCUCAAACCAUAGCAUCGAUCCGAGCGAGCUGAAGAGCAAACUGAUCGUGCUGAUUAACGAGUUCGGUGAUAUGCGGAUGGCACACGAACAGUUGGUUUUCAAUGGGAACGAAAUUAUUCGCCACUGUACGGAGUCGAGCGAUCGUACCGCGACGAAGACAAACAUGGAUCAGUUAACGCACGAGCUGGACAAAACGAUUGCGCUGAUCGAGCAGAAGAAUCAAACGGUCGAUCAGAUCCUGGGCAAUUGGGCGAACUUUAUGCGGCUGUACCAGUCCGUGGUGGAUUGGUCGAUAAAAGUGCGUGCCUUGUUGGAGCGCAAGUUGCAGCUUAACACGCUGCACGAGGCACAGCUCGCCUGUCAGAAUUAUUCUAACGCAGUUAGCAGUUUGGCGGAUGUAUCACAGAAUUUGAGUGAAAUGAAUCACGAGUUCGAUAAAAUUAACGAAGUUUGCUCGACGGCUUAUCUGAAGGGCAAACUACACGAAGCCGAAACGUUGAAAAUCGACAUCGAAACAGUGUUGUUCGAAAGGAAUCUGUUCCUUCACGAAACGACGGAAGAGUGGCAGCAGUACGAGCGGAAGAUCGAAAGCGUGAAGGAAUGGAUAAAGGACUCAUAUCAGGCCUUGAAUUCGAGUGAGCUCAAGAACAAACCGUUGCGCGAUCAGCUCCGAAUUUUGGAGCAGAUGCUGGCGGACAUUUCGGCUCAGAAGAUCAAGGUCAACAUGUCGCUAGAGAAGCUUCAGGUCCAUUUCCAUUCGGACAUCAUCUACACGGACAAUCCGAACAUCGUACAGUCUGGCAGGGCCGUGAUGGGUGAUCUGGACAAGCUGAAUAUGGACGUGUUCCAGACGACGCAAAAUCUGGACCAGGCUCUGUCGCAGAUCGAGGGUUGCCAGACAGAGAUGCAAACGAUCCGGCAGCGGAUCGUGCACGAGGAACAGCAGCUCCGGAAUAUCUUAUCACCGUUGCAUCAAUCGAGCGAUAGUGAAAAGCACGAACAGGACCGUUCGAUGCCGUAUGAUUGGAGCGUAGAGUGUUACGAUCAGGAAGAAAGCUCACCAUCGACGACGACGGACGUACGGGAUGUAAAGCGCCCUGCCGACAUCCGUUCGGCUGGAACCGGCAAUGUGGUAGUAGUUACCGCAAACGCCAAGCCAGCGGUGUCCGCGUGGAGUAGAACGGGCGCUGGUGAUGAUCUGACGUAUGCGGAGAUUGUUGCGGGGCUUCGCCGUCAGCGGCAGCGAGGACAUGAUCCACCGCUGCCCGUAAUCGAAAGGCAGCACAAUGUGACAAACAUCUCGAUCACGAGUCCGGUACAGAGCAGUGCUCAAUCGAGUGUUUCCGAUGCUACCGUUCCAAUGAAAUCUUCAAAAUCUGAUGUAGAUACCGUGAAUCCUGAUGCAUAUCAAGCAACUCGUACUGUAGUUCAGCUUACCGGAGCUAAUAAACCGACCGUAAACGAACCGAUUACUAGAGAUCCUCCAAAAGAACAACGUAGAUCCCGUAGACCUCCACCUCCACCAUCUGCCCAACUACAACCGAACCGACCUGUUGAUACAACCGAUUCAAUGACCUCCAGCAUUGUCAACGUGACCACGAUUGUUGGUGCUACCUCGACACAGCCGGUGGUAGUAAUGACCUCCGCGCAAGGACCAGAACUAACUCAUCUCGAAGUAUCGAGUACCGUCACAGCAGGACCCACGUCCGUGUGGUCCUUUGGGAACAAGACAUACGCCGAAGUGUUGAAAGAAAUUGCCGCAUCUAAUCAAUAUCGUCUCCAGCAACAGCAAGAACUUAUUCAACCAUCUUGGAGUGAAAGCAGAUACCAACAGCAGUACGCUACUGUUGGAAAGCAGCAACAGCAGCAGAUCGAUGCAUCCCGCCUUGGUUUACCUCAAUCCUAUGCAAACCGUUCCCGCUCGAGCUCACGUAAUCGUCCAAAACCGGAAGCCGCCGUAUCGCGUGUAAAUAUUGUACAUAGUGAUUAUCAACAAAUCGCACCAAAUUCUAGUCAAGUGCAACAACGUACUUUGAAAGUGCAAUCGAGAUCGGCUUCUGCAAAGAGCAACGCAUCCGCGUCAGGUGUUGGUGAAAAGAUGACAAAGAAACCGACUGAUCAGCAGAGUGUGGCGGAUCGUAAAGGUGUACGUGUUGCUGCUGCUGCCACCGUUAAAGCAUCCGAAUAUGAUGCAUCCGAACAGAGUGAUCCGGCCGAAAACGUCAACUACCGAAAGGCGAAGAAGAGCAAAAUUAAGCCGAUGCAAAGCAAGGAUGACAAGUUGUUACCGGUGCUGCAAGAACCAUCGAGUGUGAAGGUAAACGAAGCGCAACGGCAAGUGUUUGUGACCGAGAUCAAUGUGAACAAAUCCGAAAGCCCCGCCAGACAAUCGAAGAGUCCGAUGAAAACUGUGUCCAUAGUGAAUUUAACCGAUCAACCAGAAGUAGUUGCUAGUGCCGAGACGAAAAUAACGAUCAAUGUGAACGAACCGGUACAGGCGGUUGCAGUGUUGAAGGAGGUAGAACAAGAGCCGGAACAUUACGUCACCCAGAUCCGACUGGAGCAGGAAGCAGUGUGUCAGCAACGACGUCAGCAAGUUCGUAAAAGUGCCAAAAAGCGUAAUAAAACUACCACCACACAUAAGCUGCUGGAUAUUAGCAUGAGUGAACCGGUGACGGUACAGGAGCAUCAUGGACAGGGCAAAAAUAUAUCGACCGUAGAGAUCGUUUCACCGAAGGAGAAAAAUGUAUCUGUAGUGGAUUUGCGCCCGUUGGAGGAACCAUUGACGGUAACAUCGAUUGAGUUGAAGGGUGCAGAAAUAGAUUCGCUGGAAUCUUACAGUAAACAAAUCGAAAUGCAACUUGAUGCUGAAGGUACGAAGAAGAGUUCCAAGAUCGUUGAUGAAGCUGUGGCGGAAAGCGUUGAUGCAGUACAAGAUUCCAUCAUGUUAACCGAAGAGAUUGUGCAAAUUUCGCAACCAUGUGAUACGAUCGACAAGCGUGAAGUUGAAGAGAGCACGGUACAGCAAACUGAAACAGUGAGCUAUCAUCGAUCGGAGGUGUCAUUUACUAAGGUGACUGAAACUGUGCAUGAAGAGGUGCAAGUUGAGCAUAAAACAUGUACAAAAGAGAGCAGCUCGAAAACGUAUACCUCAUCGCUACACAUUGAACAAAGCAAUCGUGAAGAUUCUAAUACAGAGAGCGACUCUCCGUCAAGAGAGAUUCCAAAGGUGCCGGAAUCAAGCAAGCAAGAAUCUGCUGCCGAAAAUGUCUGCAAAGAAAGUGAGAUUUGGUGUCCACCAACAAAGAAAAAGGACAAGAAGAAGAAGUCCAAAAAAUCCGACAAGUCCAAAGAUGAUCAGCACGAUGAUACUGUUAACAGUCAAAAAGUUGUUGAACAAAAGAGGACUGAAUUUGUCCAAUCCAUGCUUAUCGAAACGAUCGACCAGAGUUCUUCCUACGUGCCCGAUUGUAAUCCGAUCACUGAGUCUACAUCGGAUGUGCCCGUCACGCCUACGGUGGAAGAAAUCGCGCUAAUGAGAGCAAGAGAAGAAUCAUUUUUAGCUGAAGUGAGUGAAAACGCAGCUCUUUCUGAUGCUAACGUAGAAAUGAACGUUGGAUCGGAAGUGAAGGAGCCUUCAAUUCAAAACCAAUUUUCAUCGCAGGAGAUAGUUCUAACGAACGCUAGAGAAGAAUCAUUCUUGGCUGAGAUGAGUCAACCGAUCGUAAAGGAAGAAUCAGUUGUUGUAGCUAAUGUGAAAGAUUAUUCUGCUCCAAUGUCUCUUUCUACAGAAGAAAUAGCUCUAAUGAAUGCUAGAGAGGAAUCAUGUUUGGCUGAAAUGAGUGAACCGGUCGUAAAUAAAGAAACAGAACCUGCAUCUCAUCCAUCCAUUGAAACAUCUGUUUCUAGAGAAGAAAUAACUCAAAUGAAUGCUAGGGAAAAGUCGUAUUUGGCCGAAAUGAGCACAACGGUAGUUCGGCAAGACAUGGAGCAGUCUCAAGCGAAAGAACCUUCAGUUCAGAUUGAGCUUUCGUCGGAGGAAAUCGCUCUUAUGAAUGCUAGAGAAGAAUCAUUUUUGAUUGAGUUGAGUGGACCAACAUUACAUGUUGAGGUCGAUUCUAAAUGCUCGAGCAUGCCAGUUCCAGUCGAAACAUCAGCUGAAGAAAUUGCUGUGAUGAAUGCAAGGGAAGAAGCUUUUCUAGCUGAGAGCAGUGGUCCAGAAUCGGUUAUCGACUCUGAACCGAAAUCUAGCGAUGUGCCCGAUCAAGUCGAACCAUCAGCCGAAGAAAUUGCCUCGAUAAAUACAAGAGAACAAGCUUUCCUAGCUGAGAUGAGUGGCCCGGACACGGUUAUUGAGUCAGUAAUUAAAUUGGAGACAAAACCAGAUCCUGAUUCUUUGACACCUUCAGCAGAGGAAGUAGCACUGAUGAAUGCUAGAGAAGAAGCGUUCCUGACUGAGAUGAGUGUACAGAUUUCCAAUGAGGAAAUGAGCUCUGAACCGAAAUCUAGCGAUGUGCGCGAUCAAGUCGAACCGUCAGUCGAAGAAAUUGCCUUGAUAAAUGCAAGAGAAGAAGCUUUCCUAGCUGAGAUGAGUGGCCCGGAUACGGUUAUUGAAUCAGUAAUUAAAUUGGAGACACCAUCAGUCGAAGAAAUUGCCUUGAUAAAUGCAAGAGAAGAAGCUUUCCUAGCUGAGAUGAGUGGCCCGGACACGGUUACUGAGUCAGUAAUUAAAUUGGAGACAAAACCAGAUCCUGAUUCUUUGACACCUUCAGCAGAGGAAGUAGCACUGAUGAAUGCUAGAGAAGAAGCGUUCCUGACUGAGAUGAGUGUACAGAUUUCUAAUGCGGAAAUGAGCUCCGAACCGAAAUCUAGCGAUGUGCCCGAUCAAGUCGAACCAUCAGCCGAAGAAAUUGCUGUGAUAAGAGCAAGAGAAGAAGCUCUCCUAGCUGAGAUGAGUGGUCCAUCUUCUAAUAUUGAUUUAGAAUUUGGAUUGAAAACUGAUCCUGUUCCUUUGGUACCCUUCGCGCAGGAGGUAGCACUAUUGACUUCAAGAGAAGCAUCCUUUUUAGUUGAGAUGAGUGACCCAGAACCCAAAGAAAUGUUGGACAAAUCGACAGAUGAUCUGAAUCUUCUUGCACCUUCAGCAGAGGAAAAUGCUUUACUGAUCGCAAGGGAAGAAUCUAUCUUAGCAGAAAUGAGUGUCUCAAAAACAGUCGAUGAAGUGAAUGUAAAAGCAGGCACGAAAGCGGAUUCUAUUUCCGUUCAAAUUUCCCCAGAAGAAGUAGCGCUCAUGAGUGCGAGAGAAAAAUCGUUUUUGGCUGAUGAGAGCAUAGCAACAGAUCCAAGCACUGUAGAACGUGUGAAUGUAGAAGAGUUGAUCGAGCAAACGAACAAACCUGACGCAUCGGCUUCAGCAUUGACCGACGAUCGCGACUCAUCAAAACAAACCGAAGCAAUAAACCCUAGCAAUGCAUCUGUUACCACUGUCUCUCUCAGCACAAAGCACCCCGAACCUGGAAACCUCGUAACCGCAAAGAGUCCAAAGAAAAAGCAAAAAGAUAAGUUUAAGAAGAUUAAAAAAUCAGAUGCCGCAAACAUGGCCGCAUUCCUCGAGGCGGAACGGAAAGUGUUCGAAGCAGAAGAGGCAGCACAGCAUCAGCCGGCACCAACGGCCGAUCCACGCGCACGUGAUCAAACAUCGCCGGGCGUGAGCUCCAUCACAAAGGAACAGAUUGAAACAAUCAUUGUUGGCAUUAACUUUGAUCGACAGAAAUCACUUACCGGUGCAAACGAUUCGGAAGCAAAUGUCGGUGAACCGAGUGCUGUUUCGACGGAAGAAACGUUCGUGGUGAAUAUACCCGAAAGUCCGGUGAAGAGUGUGCAAGAGUUUCGUAGCAAUUUGGUGUUUGAAGAUUACGAUUUUAUGCAUCAAUCUCCGGUAAAACGAUCUUCGGAAACGGUCGACAACAAAAGUGGACGUUCAAAGGAGGUUAAGUUUAAGCCACAGCUAGAAACCAUUCCUUCGGAUGCGGAUUUGCUUGGUAAAGGAGAGAGUCGUGAAAAAUCCACAAAAGAAGCCGAAUCGACUGUUUCAAGUAUGCCAACCAGCAACAUUACUGCGUCAGAAUCUGUAGAUUCCAGCAAGCAUGAAAACAUCGACGUUGAUUCCGGCAAAGAAAAUAAUGAUCCUGUACAGAGAAUUGUGAUCAACUCCAAGUGGCGCGACAAUCGACAAAAGAUCUCAAUGAUAACACACGAAGAAGUGUUACUGCAACCGGUGUCACACAUCAAAAUGCAGCUCCCCAAAAUAAUUGCGGCCAAGGUGGAGAAGGUGGAGGUUCCGGAAGUAAGGCCAGACGUUGUUCCGCUAGAACCGAUCGUACAAGAAACACCGAAGGAAGAAUUUGUAAGCGUUGAUGAUGAGUUGGUGCAUGAAGAUAUGCAGGUCGGACAGGUUGCAACGGAGGUCUCCAUGCUAGACAUCUCUCCUUCGAUCGUAUACGAAACACAGUCGGUGGAUGUGCUGGAGAAAGAAGCAUCACUACCGGAGGGUACUGAUAUGGUGUCGGGUAUGGUGGUGGCUACGGAGGCAAAACAAUCGGAUAUGGUCUCGGAUACGGUCACGGUUGCUGAGCAGCAAUCUGCUAGUCAGGAGGUGUACACAACAACUACAACCUCUGUAAUGUAUCGUACGACGACGAUUACCUACAUGCAAUCGGAAGAGCAGGAAGAAAUCAAUGAAAUCUACACAAGUCCUACGGUUGUUGAGCAGAGUGUGCAAACGGUCAUCACUCGGGAUGAUCCUUCGCUAAACGUAUCGGUGUCCUAUUCGGAAGCGGAUCGAAGUAUGGGUGAUGAAGUGAUGGUGGAACGGAUCGUGAUUGAAAGAGGCGAAGAUGCGGCGGGCACUGUGAUGGAAACUGUAACAAGUGAAACUGAACCCGAUGGAAGUGGAGUGGAAUUGAGACAAUCUCUAGUAGAUAAUUCAAUGGUUUCGGAGACGGAUCGUAGUAUGGGCGAGAAUAUGUUCGAAACAAAGACAAUGAUCGUAUUGGAAGAAAGUGAAUGUGAUGAGGAACGGGUAGUGCGAGAGAUGUGUAAAGAAUCGUUCCUACAGGAUGCGUCUUUUGAAGUGGCAAAACAAGCUGAAUCGCUAGAACUAGCAACACCCAGUGUUGGAGAAAGCACCAACGAACCAGUACUAGAUAGUCUGCUAGAGACGGAAUCAUCUAGUGGGCAGGAUUAUUGGCAAUAUCAUGAUACUGAGAGACAUUACAUUCAGAGCUUUGCUGUCCAAUCGGAUGAUCAGGAACAAGAGGAUAAACUUUUAGAGAACACGAUAAAGGAAUCUUCGUCAACGAAGGUUGUUGAAGAUAUUGAUAGGGAGCAAGCGUACAUAGAAAGUUCUUCUACAGCUCUGAAGGAUACUUCCAUUGUGAGCAACAAAAGUGACAAGGAGCUGGCUGAAAUCUAUCGCACCUUGGAACAGUCCUACUUGAGCAUGUGGCAGUUACGUGAUGCCGCGAAUAACUAUCAGAAGUUAGAUGCUAGGGCGGCAACUACUAAGAAUCUUGGGGAAGAUUUGAGUAAACCAACGCCAACGUCUGAUACGCCAGACGAUACGUAUGGCACUGAGAACCCUGUUUUGGAUCAAACGUUGGAACCAUCGAACACUUUUACAGACCAACUCGAAGUUUUGAAGAGCUUGGGACAGUCUAUGGUCAAUAAUUGGCAAUUGAGAGAAGCAGAAGAGAGCUAUGAAAAGUUAAAAACUUGGAAAGUGGUAAAGGAUUCUGAGACUAUUCGUGUGACUGAUUUAGAUGAACCGGUUAAAGAAAAUAUUGAAUCUUUAUCUGCAACUGAGUUGAGCAACGUUGCUAUUGAGGUACAGAUAAAUCCUUCGAUUGGGGACGUAGUAGUUCCAGACGCGCCACAAAAUGUGGCAGAAUCUUCAGGACAACUUCCAAUUCAAAGAUCGAAAGAAGAAGAGUUGCAAAACGCUUUGUACUAUGCAUCGGUUUCUACAUUUGACACUUUGUCCCUACGUGACGGAGAAAAGAAACAUGUUUUGCAAAGACAAAUUGACAGUAUUAAAACGGACGAUCCUGAGCUCUUGAGGCUUUCAGCUACGUCAAAGAAAGCGGAAUUGGAACCAGCUGUUUUUGAAACUAUUGUGGAUGAAUUGAUUGUAUCAGGCAAGCCCUUGGAAGAAGUUUCUGGUCCGGAUUCUGAAGAACAGGAGCUCUUGAGGCUUUCAGCUACGUCAAAGAAAGCUGAAUUGGAACCAGCUGUUUUUGAAACUGUUGUGGAAGAAUUGAUUGUAUCUGACAAGCCCUUGGAAGAAAUGUCUGGUCCAGAUUGUGAAGAACAGGAACUUAUGAGGCUUUCAGCUACGUCAAAAGAAGCUGAUUUAGAACCAACUGUUUUUGAAACUGUUGUGGUAGAAACAAUUGUAUCUGACAAACCUUUGGAAGACAUUUCUUGUCCCGAUAGUGAAGAACAGGAGCUUGUUAAGCUUUCAGCUACGUCAAAAGAAGCUGAUUUAGAACCAACUGUUUUUGAGACUGUUGUGGAAGAAACAAUUGUAUCUGAGAAACCAAUGGAAGAAGUUCCUUGUCCAGAUAGUGAAGAACAGGAGCUUGUGAGGCUUUCAACUACGUCAAAGGAAGCUGAUUUGGAACUAACUAUUUUCGAGACUGUUGUGCAGGAAGUGGUUGUUUCCCAGAAACCCAUGGAAGAAGUUUCUAGUCCAGAUAGUGAAGAACAGGAGCUCUUGAGGCUUUCAGCUACGUCAAAGAAAGCGGAAUUGGAACCAGCUGUUUUUGAAACUAUUGUGGAAGAAUUGAUUGUAUCUGACAAGCCCUUGGAAGAAGUUUCUGGUCCAGACUGUGAAGAACAAGAGCUUGUGAGGCUUUCAGCUACGUCAAAAGAAGCUGAUUUAGAACCAACUGUUUUUGAGACUGUUGUGGAAGAAACAAUUGUAUCUGAGAAACCAAUGGAAGACAUUUCUUGUCCAGAUAGUGAAGAACAGGAGCUUGUUAAGCUUUCAGCUACGUCAAAAGAAGCUGAUUUAGAACCAACUGUUUUUGAGACUGUUGUGGAAGAAACAAUUGUAUCUGAGAAACCAAUGGAAGAAGUUCCUUGUCCAGAUAGUGAAGAACAGGAGCUUGUGAGGCUUUCAACUACGUCAAAGGAAGCUGAUUUGGAACAAACUGUUUUCGAGACUGUUGUGCAGGAAGUGGUUGUAUCCCAGAAACCCAUGGAAGAAGUUUCUAGUCCAGAUAGUGAAGAACAGGAGCUCUUGAGGCUUUCAACUACGUCAAAGGAAGCUGAAUUGGAACCAGCUGUUUUUGAAACUGUUGUGGAAGAAUUGAUUGUAUCUGACAAGCCCUUGGAAGAAAUGUCUGGUCCAGAUUGUGAAGAACAGGAACUUAUGAGGCUUUCAGCUACGUCAAAAGAAGCUGAUUUAGAACCAACAGUUUUUGAAACUGUUGUGGUAGAAACAAUUGUAUCUGACAAACCUUUGGAAGACAUUUCUUGUCCCGAUAGUGAAGAACAGGAGCUUGUUAAGCUUUCAGCUACGUCAAAAGAAGCUGAUUUAGAACCAACUGUUUUUGAGACUGUUGUGGAAGAAACAAUUGUAUCUGAGAAACCAAUGGAAGAAGUUCCUUGUCCAGAUAGUGAAGAACAGGAGCUUGUGAGGCUUUCAACUACGUCAAAGGAAGCUGAUUUGGAACAAACUGUUUUCGAGACUGUUGUGCAGGAAGUGGUUGUAUCCCAGAAACCCAUGGAAGAAGUUUCUAGUCCAGAUAGUGAAGAACAGGAGCUCUUGAGGCUUUCAACUACGUCAAAGGAAGCUGAUUUAGCACCAGCAGCUUUUGAGACUGUUGUGGAAGAGGUGGUUGUAUCUGACAAGCCUUUGGAAAAUGUUUCAUGUCCAGAUAAUGAAGAACAGGAGCUUGUGAAACUUUCAGCUAUAUCAAAGGCUGAAACACUGGAACCUGUUGUAGUAGAGACCAUCGAAGAAGAAAUGGUAGUACCGGACAAGUCUUUGGAAGAAGUUCCUUUUGUUGACAGUGAAGAACAAGAGCUCCUGAAGCUCACAGCUUUGUCGAAGACUGGAGCUCUGGAACCUGUUGUAUCUGAAGAUGCAAUAGAAGAAGUGACACUUUCUGCCAAGUCUUUGGAAGAAGUUCCUUCUGUUGACAGCGAAGAACAAGAGCUAUUGAAACUUUCAGCUUUGUCAAUGACUGGAGAACUUGAGCUUUUUGUGCCUGAUACUACUGUAGAAGAAGUGAUUGUGUCUAACAAGCCUUUGGAAGAAGUUCCUCCUUUGGACGAAGCCUCUUUUGUUGGCAGCGAAGAACAGGAGCUCUUGAGACUAUCAGCUGCUACAAAGAGUGAGGUCCUGGAAUCUAUUGUAUCUGAGACUGCUGUCAAAGAAGAAGUGGUAGUAUCUGACAAAGCAAUAGAGGAAAUUCCUUCUCCGGACAGCGAAGAACAGGAGCUCUUGAGGCUUUCGGCUAUGUCAAAGACAGAAGUUAUGGAACCUGAUGUGUUUGAAGACACAAUAGAAGAAGUGGUAGAUUCCGACAAGCCUUUGGAAGAAAUCGCUUCAGUCGACAGUGAAGAAGAAGAGCUGUUGAAACUAUCAGCUUUAUCAAAGACUGGAGCUCUUGAAUCAUUUGUGUCAGAAAUUACUGUAGAAAAAGUGGUAGUGUCUGAUAAGCUUUCGGAAGAAGUUCCUGUUCUAGAUGAUGAAGAACAAGAGCUCUCGAGAUUGUCAGCUAUUUCAAUGAUUGAAGCUUUCGAAAAUCCGGAGCCGUUAAACAAAACUAUUUCUGAAAAAAGUACUCAAGAACAAGAAGCAAUUUCUGCAGUUACUACAGUAGAAGUUGUAGAGCAAAUGGAAUCGUCGCUACCAACUGAGAAUGUACAACAGUUUGUGAUUGAGUUGUCGGUUGCAGAAACCAAAGAACCUGUUCUGCAUGCAGAUGUAGGCGACGAAUCGCUUAGUGAGAGUGUGGAUCUAUCAAAAUCAAGUGCAUUUGAUUCUAGCAUGGCUUCAGUGAUAAGUAAACCAGACAUUUCUUUCAUCAGUUUACCGCUGGAAAAGAAUGUAGCAGCUGAAGACGUAGAGCUGAUGGUUUCUAGCAUUGAGUCUAAUGAAGGUGUGGUUGAUACAACCAUCUCGCCUGUUCAAGAAGCAGGAGAAAUUGUGGUAGAAGGAAAAUUGCUUGUUCAAGUAAACAUUCCCCAGAAGGCUACAGAAGAACUACAAGCUGCAGAGCGAAAGGAAAAGCGUAAGAAGGAAAAGAAGCAAGCGAAAAAGUCCAAGCAGUUAACGCAAGAUCCAGGAACUUCUAAGGAAGGACCUGUGACGGAUGUUACUGAAUCGGUUAAACCAAAGGCUGAGCCAGAACCACCUAUACCAAACGUAUGGGAACAAAUGAAGGGCAAGAAAACGUAUGCUGAGGUAGUGGCGGGUCAGGAAGCUGAACGUAGGAGAUUGUUGGAAAUGCAAAGGAAGCAAACGUUGCCUCAUAGUGUGCCAGUUGGAGAUGGCACGAAAGUAGUUCCGCCAAAUGAAGGUCCAGCUGAUAAGGUGAUGUCUCGUAACGAGAGUUUUGUUGAAGUUGAGCUGAGUAACGAAACAGACCUUCAGACCUUCAUUGACAGUAACAAGAGCUAUGGAAGAAUGGCACAAUCGAUCACCACUUGGGCUGAUAUCGUCGAUGAAGACGAUUUAAAUAACGUUACUUCUAACGAUGCACCCAUUAGUCCUUCAGAUCAAUUGAUGGAAAAAACUGAACCCUCGAUUGAAGUGAUUGAAUCACCAGUUCAACUGGUAGAGGAAGAAACGCAAGUAGUAGAGCAGGACAAUAAGAAUGUUUCACCUAAACGCGAAACGAAACAGAAGAAAAAACAAAAGAAACAGGCAAUGGGGCAAGUCGUGAGACAAGUGGAAGAUACGUCAAAAUCCUUGGAAUUGUCUCCACCGCAAGAGGGUGACACAAGCACAUUCGCUACAGAGACAACAAUUUGGCAAACUGGCCCACUUUACGCUGAAGUUGUGGCCCAAAAUUUGAAACAAGAGAGUGAAGCUAAAGCUCUUGCGCCUUCAGUUCUCACUGAUAAACCUCAAGAUGCUUUUACAGACAUCGAAGCACCUGAAACUACUGUCCAAGUCAUUGAAGUGCAAUCAGAAUUUCUUCCAAACAUUUCAACCACAUCAGAAGAUGCACCGCAAGAAAAACCAUGCACGUCAGACUCUGUCUCUACGAAUGUCAGUGACAUUCUCAAACAAAGCUCCAAAAAGAACAAAAAAUCAAAACCAACUAAAAAUCAACAAGAUGAUGAGGCUCACAAAGAGUUGAUUGUCGUAACGACAAGCACUUUGCUUGUUGAAGAGAGUGCCACAGAUGAUACUGAAUCAGAAUCAUUGAAAGUGCCUGCUACGGAAGGUGUCCAGCCUCAAGCUGAUGAUACUUCACGCACGAAGAAAUCAAAGAAAAAACAGAAGAAAAAGCCUUUGAAACAUGCAUCUAGCGAUGAGUCUGCUGAUGUUGAGAUAGAUAGUAAACCACCAGAAGUAAAGCCUGUUUUAGCCGUGCCUCUUUCUGAGUCUCCUAAAGAAAUUGCUCAUCUUCUUGAGCACGUGCAUGAGAAUGUGGAACUCGUUGAAUCUAGCGUGAGUGAAACAACGCCAUCCGACUUAGAUCAUGAGAAGCAUGUGAAAUUCUCGGUGGAAGUCGAAAUUCUAAAGGAGGUUCCACUGUCGGAAUCUCCGAAAGAAAUCGAACAUCUUUUGGAGCAUCAUGCACACAAACCUUCUCCGUUAGUGGAGCAGGAGGACGUGACUCCAGUUGUGCACGCGGAUGAUUCUCACAAGCAUGUACAAUUUGUUGAUGAGAUAUUGGUAGUUCCAUCAGUGCCACUGUCAGAAUCGGUUAAGGAGUUAGAGCGUUUGAAUAGUACCACGGAAAGCGAAGAAAAAUUGCUAAAACCACAGGAAGAUACCUUGGAUAAUGAAACAGAAGAAGAUACUGGAGAGAAAAAAGUAAAGUUUGAUCGUCAAGUUGAAAUACUACCCACAGUACCAUUUUCGGAAUCAAGCAAGGAAACAGAGAAAGACAUGAGUCUUGGAAAGGAUGAAGCUAACACUUCCGCAGAACUAGCAAGUACUAAUGGCCGCGAAACAAACCUAAUGAAAAUAGAAUUAGUUGAGUUGGUCGGUAGUCCAAACCCGGUAGUCUCGGAUGAUGAUAAGCGGGUGAAGUUUGAUCCGAUGGUGGAAGUGUUACACAGUGUACCUUUCUCAGAAUCGGUUAAGGAAACGGCUAGUAUUGGAAUAGAAAAGCAAGUACAGGAAGAGGCCUCAUUGGUUGUAUGUCCUGCAGAUUCACCACAACCUGAAAGACGUGUUUCGUUCUCGGAAACUGUAGUUAAAAUAGAGCUAGAGCACGAUGAUGAUGAAGACGGCUUCGAAGUGAUCGAUAUGGCAGAAGUUGAAGAGAUUCCGAUGAUUGCACCGGAAGCGCCGGAAAGUCAGGAAGAAUUAUUGAUUCAAGAUCUUAACUCUAAAGACUAUAAUUAUGUUCCAAGCAUUGCUCUUUCAAAGGAGAUUGAAAAGGAUGUUACUUCCGACUCACAUGAGCAAUCAUUGACUCAAGAUCCGCAACCCCAAGAUACCACUUCUGCUCCUAUGGUUGCUUUAUCAAUGGAGACUGAAGACACUAUUGUUUCUGAACUUUCCCAAGAUUCGCAAGUUGCCAGUUCUGUCCCGAUAGUUGCAGAACCAAAGCAGGUUGAAAAGACUUCCUCUAAAAAACAAAAGAAAUCAAAGAAAAAGUCAAAACACAUUGAUACCACGGCUCCCUCACACGAUAUUUCUGAGCCGAAGAGUACUCCAGUCGUGUCAGAGGUGGAUUUAUUGCCUUUGACUCCUGUGGCUGGCCUUCUGUAUGCGGAAGUAGUCGCUCAUAAGCCAGAAAAGGAUGAACAUAGCACGCUGAAAGCUCAAAUCAUAGAUUAUGAUACUGAAACGAUCGUAAGCGAAGAUUACGUAGUUGUGCAAGAAAUUUCUAUCACCCAGGACCGUGAUUCUCGUGAAGCAGAAGUGGUUCAAAGGGUGCAAACCGAGUUUGUGGUUGAGCCGAUUCCAAGCCUGGUGUCUGAUGAAGUAUCCGAUGUUUACGUUGAACAAAAAAUUGUUUUACCCAAAGUUGAAGAGUUGACCAGCGAUGCCUUAACGGGUCAGAUUACUUCUGAGAACAGUACGAUAGGUGAGCUGGUAAGAGAGAAAGAUAUCAGGGCAAGCGAUCUUCAGUUUGUUUUGCCACCAACGCAGACAGGUGAUGGUGCCGCAAUUGCGAAUGAUCAAUUGCGUGACGUACCAUUAGGGAAGGUAUCGGUAGAAAAUGAUACAAAAGAUCAGCCAACGGACAACACUGAGGAGCCUUUGUCCAUGCAAGGACUCUACUGCAUUUGGCAGGAUAGAUCUUGGCUCGAUCGUUCAUUGCACGGACAAGCCGAGGAGCGAUAUGCAGUGUUGGCUUCGCCACGCAAUACCAUCGGCAAUGAUCAACAGCAAGAUGUCGCAGAACACACCGUUCCUAGCGACGUCAACACACCGUCAACAACAGCAACAGUAACAACUGCAGCCACUGCAGCCACUAACAAUCUACUAACAACACCAAUGCCUCACAUCCCUUGCGAAGAGUUAUCCUUGCAGCAAACUGUGGCCAAUACUAGCGAUGUACCCAUACUCCCAUCCAUUCCCGUAUUCGAGUCCGACUCCACACCUACUCUUCCCAUCCCUGACAGUCCCCGCCAGUCCUCCUCAUCCUUCGAUCCUUCACUAGGUUCAACGGACAGCGUAGAAUUAAGUAAACAAAAUGUGGCUGAAUGCACAGACAGUAAACAGGCACUAGCGCAAAGUGUGGAAAGUAUUCUGGACUCGCUGAUCAGUGCGGAACUAGAGAUGAACAAUCUGCCGUACGAUAACGUGAACGAUCUCAUCAAGGGUCUUCAGGUCCUCAUAACGAACUUAGCUGAGUACAAGCAACAGAAUUAUGGCAUCGCGAGAUCCCUGCCGACGAAUGCGGACGCCCAUGUACGAGCGGCGGUUGAACAGAUUGACGAACGCAUAGACCUAUUACGACAACGAGCGGAAAAUGGCCUCGAAAAAAUUCAGCAAACAUUAAAACAACGUGAGCAACGAAAGGCGGAAGUUCGAAACUAUCUAGAGCUAUUGGAGGAAAUCGAAAAAUGGCUCUCAAGCACAAGCAUACACCUCAUGGAGGUGACCGAAUGCAGUACGGAGGAAGAAAUGAAACGACGAAUGGAGGAGGAAAAUGCAGUACUAAACAAUUUGCGUGAUAAGGAACAGUAUCUGAAGGAUGUGUUGGACAAGACAGCUUCGUACCUUGUGUACAAAGAUGUAUCAGAUCGCACGACUACGUUACGAGAGAACUUGACCGUGUUGAUACGCAUCCUACGCGAGAAGGCUUUAAUCUUGGAGAACAAUAUUCAGCGACUUGUGGAACAUCUGCAUCCGGUAGAGUCACCGAUCCAACCACAAACGGUAGAUAUCGAGAGUCAAACAAGCCCUCUGACCUCAAUCGAACCGGUGCCUGUGACGCUAGAUAUAGUGAAGAGUGAAUCACUGCAAUUACCGGUUGCAGGGGGAGUGGUGACACAAGAAUCGUCUGUCCAGACACAAUCCGCAGCGGAACAACACACUAUCGACAAUAUACUGAUCAUUCAGUCGGUCGUUAAUGGACGUGAAACGGUACAGAUCUCCAACGUACCACGAGCGAUCGGAAUAGCCGAUCAGCAGCUAGAGGAAUCCGUUGUAGUUGAGGCAAAAUACACACAGCCAGCAGAAGGAAAGGAAAGUGACCGCUCGUCGGAGUUGUUGGUGAGGAAUAUCCCGACACAGUUCGAAACGACAUUUACCGAACCGGACGAUACCACCACGGAGAUUGUUGUGAAUCGGGAUGGAUCGAAGAAAAUAACACUUCGAAAGGUGGUCCAACCGGCACAAUCCAUUGAAUCGACAACACCUGGAAAGGCUUCGAUUGUGACCUCGCUAGAUCUGACAGAACAGCAGUUGACAGAACCAGGUGCAAUUGCCGCCGAAGAAAGCGUCGUAGUAGAAGUGGAAGGAGUUGACGUAGUGUUAGAAGAAACUGGUGGAGAAAAGCAACAGGAUGCAACGGUAGAAGCUGUUAGUUCACCAUCAUUAACAGCCAACGUGUCACCACCACAACCGGUGCAGGAAGCUGCAGAGACAAUUGUUGCGGAAGUGUUGGAAGUGUUGAAGCAGACGAUGCAAACGACCGAUGAUGAGCAGGUUGCUGAACAGCAGCCGGAAGAAUCGCCACAGGUAUUCGAAUCACAUGCUCAAAUCGCACCAGUAGAGUUGAUUGCUUCUAUCGUUGAGUCACAAACUAGUACUAGUACACUAUUAGGCGCUGAUGCUGAGGUUGUUGCCGCUCCAACCGCUGUUGCUGUUGCAAUCGAUUCCUUAAGCCUUACCGAACCACUUACAGCCGGCGGAGAAUUAACCGUACCACACGAGCAAAAACCAGUAGAAUCGAUUGAAGACAUCUGGCCACCGUCGGAACAUGUGUGUAGUAAUAGCUCCGGUCCCGAAAGAUCGCUUCCACUGUCUCCGUUGCACGAAGUUGUGCGAGAAAGCGGUGAAGAAGCAGUAAAGAGACAAGAAAGCGAAGAGGCGCAGAAACUAUGGCCAACAAGUCCGGAACGUGGUUCUGAUUACAUUCAAAUAGAGCCCAAUGUGUUGAAACCGAAUGAGGAAGAAGAUGCUGGUGUAGAAACGGUUGUCCCAAUAGCAAUUGAGGAAAGGACAGAAGAACAUGUACAGGUCGAUCGAGAUCAAGAGAUUGAGGUACCUAUCGUACUUGAUGGAGCAAUCAGUGUUAUCAGCGUACCUGAUACGAGCGAUUCUGUUGAAGUGCCGGUACAAAUUGUUCAAGCAGAGGAAAGCAUUCCAGUAACAGAACCAGUGAGCUCCGAAGAAGUACUCAUUACCAAGAUGGCCUCUGAAAGUGUACAACAAAUGGCACCGAUUGAACCGGAAAGUGCAGUGGUUCCUGCUUCAACAAGUGAACCAACGUUGGAAGUGAUUGAAUCAAGCCCUAUACGAUCGGAACCUGUUGUAGAAACUACGAUCACACGCACCACCGAUACAAUCGAAGACUCGGACAGUUGUACGACAAUAGUGGAGACAGUUCUGAUAACUAAAACCACAACAACGGAAGAAGUCAUUGAGAUUCCGAUCGAGGUCGAGCAAAUUGAAGCUGCUGCAGGCGAUGAUGAUCAGCCCGAAGAGACGGUAGUGAUCGAAAAGGUGACGCAUGUGACAAUUGUAGAAAGAGUUGUAGUAGAAGGUGACGCAGAAGAACCUAAAGAAGGUCCUACGAUUGAGGAACUUCCAAGUGAACCGUCUACUGACACCAUGAUAGUGAAGCAAGAAGAACCCGUGCUUAGUACACUCGACGAUGAAAAGAAUCUACAGGUUCAGGUUGCAUCGAUCGGUGACACACAGAGCUCGUCACUCAAAGUUUCGAUGACAGUUGAUCCAACUGAAACGAAGAAGAUAAGUGUGAGUUUGAUUGAGAUAAAAUCUACGGAAGUCGCUACAUCUGAUGAUAACAAACAAACUGCUGCGCCAGAAGCGGUAGAGUUUGAAGAAAUCUCGGGCUUAAAGGAGGUGGACGUUGAUCCUGGCUAUGAAGCGGAUAAAACAGCUACCGCUGAGGGAGAACCGGAAGAUGACGAUAAGGGUAAGAAGAAACGCAAAAAGAAGAAGAAGGGAAAGCACGAAAAUGAAAAGGCUAGCAAUACUGAUCUGCCCGAACCUGAACCUAGGGGAGACAAACCGUUGUCUACCGAUGGUCGUUUGUCUGAGGCACAAGAGUCGGAGCAAAGGUUUGACUCUUAUCAAAGCUUUACCGAGGACGAUCAACCACAGGUCAGCACGGUGAACGUAAUGGAGGAAGCCGUUGAACCAGAGAUGAUUGAAGUUCCGAUCACUAUUCAAGAGAAGAUCGUUGUACCUACAGAAGUGUUGGAGGCGAUCUAUACGGAAGAUGUGCAGCAGCAGACAACACCGAUCGAGUUUGCGUCAGGACAGGAUGCAACCGAUGUGGAGAUUGAGAAGAUCACCUCCGAACGCUUGAUGGUACCGAUCGAUUGGGAGCAAAGAUCAAUGCAAACAUCACCCGAACCGGAAAUUCAGCGAACUUCCCAGCAGACCUCUCCGUUGAUAGUGGAAGAGGAGGAAUCGACAGUAACCGAGCAAGAGACGAAGGAAAUACAAACAAUCGUUGUGGAAGCAAUCGAGAUCGAAACACAAACCCUGCAACCAUUAGAGCUGGUCCAACAAGAAGCACAAACGGACCUACCGGCAGAACAGGAAUCUAGCGUUGUUACUCGUGUUCUGAUCGAUACAGUUGAUACAGCGAACCAAACCGUACCAGUUGAAACGAAAGAAACUCAACAGCAGGCUGAAAAUACGGAAGAGAUCGUGGGACCCAUAUUGGGACAGAUAGUGAAGGAGGUUAUUGAUCCGGACUCACUGUUCAAACGUCAAUCUGCUCAAACAAGUCCUGUACAGUUUGUUGAGCAAGGAAUUGAAGCAGAACCGACUGGAGAUGUUGAGAGAACGGAUGAAAGCGCACAAACAAACUUCCCCGAUGUACAGGACGCGAAUGUUGCUACGGAUGCGGUUCUUGUUGAGGAUCGUGGUAAUUCUCCGCCUGCUGAAUUAUCUCAGAUGGAAGACGAGAAACCAUGCGUUCCCACACAUCCUGUCGUCACUACGGAAUCAUCCAUGCAAACGAGUCCUAUGCAUGCUGUAGAGACAGCACCGGAUGUAACUCCAAAGUACGAAAUACAGGACGAAAUUCUUAUCGCCCAAAGCGUACCAACGUUAGAGAGUGUAGAUAUGCAAACGGUUGAAAUACCAACAACGGAAACUGACGCUCAAACUACUCCUGUAACAGUAACAGAGAUUACCGAGACAGUUACCAUCAGUACGCAAACGAAACAAGAACAACCUGCGGUAGUGGGAGACGAAGAGGUGAAACCGAUUCCAUCGGACAAAGAAAGCAGCAAACGUUCCAAGUCGAAAAAAUCCAAGAAAUCAAAGGAAAAAUCAAUCCCAAUCGAAGUAGAAGUGAGUACGCAGAUGGUGGUACCAAGUACGAGUGCCGUUGGUGGUGUUCCAAUGCCAGGCACUGCGGGAAGUGAAUCAGUUACGGUAACCAAAACAAUUAUCGCUGAUGGCAAGGGUCCAGAUGGUCAGGGAGAUGUUAGCUUGAACAUACAGGUCAACAUUGAUCCAUCAUUCGGAACGGUUGAAGAACUUACCGCAUCAUCCUCAUCCCCACCGGAGAAACCGGUUACGACGAUCAGUUGUCCCAUUAACGAAUCGCUAGACAGUUUGCAGAGUCAAAAUCUACAGCUAAGCUUAUCGGAUUGUUUCUCGAUCAUAAAGUCGCAGCAAAACUAUGCCGAAAACCGUGUGAUCCCUUGGCAGGACAUUAAUCAAAUGUUUGUGCACAUGAAACUUCCGUCCCUGGCUGGGUCGGCUGCUCAAGAGGACACUCCCCAGCGCAGCAGUGAGUAUCAGAUUUUGUGUACGUCGGGUCUUCUGGAGGAAGAAGAUGAGGCAGCAGCAAACGAAGAUCUUGAUCAGGUACUACAGUUGCUUCAAAAGAGCGACAACGACCCAGUCGCACAACAGCACCUCCUGUUUGAUGUGGUCGAAAAUGUGGUAAAAUCUUUGGAGGAUCUCGAUGCGGGAAUGAGCGUAGCUCAGGCAAACGUGGAUGAUGAAGUAUUGUCGGUAGAUCGAGCGAGACUUCUGCGAGUGUAUAAAAUUCGCUUGAUACGCAUCGAAGAACAUAUAGUUAAAAUCAUAACGUAUGUACAGCGCUCCAAAACUGGACAGAACAAGGAGGUGGACGAAUGUCUGAACCAUUUGCUGCGCCAGGUGAAGGCUCUAGAACAAGGCGUUGCAGAAGGGGAACAAACGAUCGAUGUGAAUGCCACCCAAAGGCGUAAGAUUGGAGAUGAUGUACGUAACGUCGGCAAAACGCUUGAAAGGCUGGAGAGUUCCUACAAUGAUCUUGUUGCGAAUGAUUCGAUGCCCAUUAGCAGCAAGCUUGGUGUUAUACAGGAACUUCAAACGAACUGUCAAAAUCUGAUAUCAGCUUUUAAGCUAAUCAACAGCGCCGAGGUAAAGUUGGAUGACAAAACAGAAGUUGAAUUAGAUCAGAUAACGAACCAGAUGCGCCGUUUGGAAAAUGGACUUGUGUUGGAACGUAAUAAGCUUAUACAGCUAUGUAGCCUAGCGGACGAAUACGAGCAGACGUUGCUCGAGUUCCAGGAGAUAACAGCUACUGCGGAAGUGUUUAUCGAAAACGAAAUCGUUACCAACUCGCUGGAAGAGCUCCAGGAGGAGAUGCAACGGUAUCGCAAGUUCUUUGUCAACUUGAACCACUGUAAGGCGAUUCUGGAAUCGUUGGAAACCAAUCUUGACCCGUUAACACGUCAAAAGUACGCUGAGCUGCAUUCAUCGCUCUACAAUCGCACGAAGGUAAUACUAGAGCGUGCUGUAGAUCGGGCAGGAAAGCUUGCGCUGGCAGCAUCACGCUGGACCGUUCUGGAGAAGGAGAUGUUGGCCGAAAAGCAGUGGCUACAAGUAGCGCAACAACGAGUACCCGACCUAAGCAAUGUUUCGUCGCAGGACUUUGAGCGAUACAUCACGAUGUACGAGUCACUCGAACAGGACAUCGCUAAUCACUUGACGAAGAUGCGGUCUCACCACGAGAUGGCACGAGACAUGCACGAACUGAUCUCGGCACCGACCGUCGAGCGAGAAAGCAAUGAAGCGUUGCUGGUGGCGAUGCAACUUCAGGAGGAGGUAUCGCUGUACCUGAAUCUGCUCACCAAAUUCAAAGCGCAAUGGAAUCGGUACAAUUCCCAAGCCGAUCGACUAGUUGACUGGUUGGAUGUAUGUCAAGGAAAGCUGGACAACAUCACAAUCAAAGAGAACCUCUCGGAAACCCCGGUCGACGAUAUGCGUACGUUCUGGGAAAUAAAGGCACAGUACGAGGUGUUGAACAACAAAGUGUACAAAACCGCCUGCGACACGUUCGGCGAGGCACUGCGUACAAUUACCGUGACAGAUGAAAAAUUACAGCGACAGCUGCACAGUCAGCUACUGGACGAUUGGAGCACCGUCUCGAACCGCAUCGAUGAAAUCCAGCAUAGCAUUGCGGACUCAAUGAAAACGAAAGGUACACCCCCGGAAGAUAAACUUGCUUUCAUCGAGCAGGAACUGCAGGAGAUUGCGCGCGAGUUCGACAGCAGCAAAGCGGUUCUGAAAAGCCAGGAAGAUCUGUACGCUUACAUCGAAAGGGUACAAACUCUCAAGACUCGCAUACAACUAAUCGACACCGAGCUUGUAAGCCAAUUUGCGCUGGAUCUCGACUGUAACACCGAGAAGGCGAGUGCAGUGUUCAAGAUAUCACGCCAUCUGUCGCAACAGAUCUCAGAAGAGUUGGAUGCUGCUGAGCUGUUCUACCACCGGCUGGAAGACAUCGAGAACGGUAUUAAAGCGCAGGAAGAACGACUCUCGCACAUUGCCCGUGUGUUGGACGAAUGUGGUGGUAGUGUGAAUGGAAAACGAUCGGCCAUUGAGAAAGCGCUGGUGGAUUGUAAAAACUGUCAAGAUUCUUUAGGUCCGUGCUGGAGCGAGUUGAUGCGCCUUCGGCAGAUGCUACAUACACUUCCGAUGAAUCUAAAGGUGUCGGUAUCACCACUGCAAACGGAACGAGAUCUUUCCACGCUGCAGAAUAUACAUAGCGAUCUGGAGCGACGAUCGGACGAGGUACACAUAUUGCUACGGAACCGGUUAGCCCUGUGGAAUAAGUUCCAUCACCAACUGGACCUGAUUCAAGAGCAUGUACAGGAAACGGAGUUUAUGAUGGAACUGUUGCAGCUGCAGGAGAGUGCUGACUACAACCGUCUGUUGAAAGCAACGGAACGGUUAGAUACGCUAUUGACGGAUAUUGAAAGCAGAAAGGGUAUGAUUGAAGAUCUCAACACGUACGCCCAACCGUUGGUCGAAUCAUCGGACGAAAGCGUAUCGGCCGAGAUUCAGGAAACAGUCCAACAGAUAAGCGUUGUGUGGGAAAACACGCGGGAGAAUUUGCGUGAACUUUGCGAACGCUACGACAAGGCAGUUAAGCUGUGGCAACACUAUCACGACGUGUGUGAAACUGUGAAGGAUUGGGUUAACCAUGAAUACACGGACUACGAUGAUUUGCAACGGUUGCAAGAUCUGCCCCAGGUGGAAGUGUAUCAGCAGGCACUACUCGACCAACGUCAGGAGGUUGAGAAGCUGCGUAAACUGAUCGGGGACAUAAACGAGCAAGUUGGGUUCAACGUUGGUGAUACGCUGCUGGCAGAGAUUGAUGAAUGUAGCAAAAAGCUAGAAGAUAUUGAGCGGAACGUUGUGGAGCAACGUAACAGAGUGCAUGAGCGAGAAGAAGCCCGGGUAGAUAAGGCCAGUGUGGUGCAAAGCUCUCGCGGUUUGUUGGAUCGUAUUCAAGAGAGCCUCCAGCAAUCGGCCCAUUCUCAGCGUACAGCCGACGAAAAUCUGUACAACAAAAUCGUGGAUCUUCGCUCGUACAUGCUAAGCCUGUGUGUCACGAUAGCACGGCUCAAGAACAUUCAACGCGAUCGUGAACAAGCGGAUGAUAAUGGAAAUUUACAAAACUUCCAUUCUGUAUCGCAGAACCUACUCCAGGACACGUAUCAGCAAUAUCAGGAUCUUGUACAGCAGCUGGUAACCCAAUCGGCAGAUGAUGAUCGGUUGCUGGACUUCUGGCAAGAGUAUUUACAAUUCGUAAUGAGCAUCCUAUCUGAACCACUGCCCAGCGACUACGGCCAACUGAAAGCGCAUCGCGAACAGUGUCUGUUGAUUAAAAUGCUUCUGAUUAGUUUGCGCAAAAUGUUGCUACAAAAGAACAAGAUCGAUGUCCGUUUGGUGGAACGUUUCAACGUGCUAAGUGAGCUGCACACCGAUCGUAUCGAUCGAUAUUUGGAGCGAAUCACCGAGAUCGAUAAUCGACUGUGGCACUGGGAGAAGUUCCGCACGCUCGGCAGAAACCUGUACGAAGCGUUGGGUAACAUUGAGCGUGAAAAGUUCACACUCCAGCUGGAGUACAUCAAUUUGCGCGAGUUGCCAAAGUUAAUCGGGAAAGUGAACGGAUUGCUGGAACAAUUCCCUCGACUGGAGGGUGAUUUGAGUGCUAUGAAUCAGGAGCUGACACAGCUGACGCUGUACACGAAGGACGAAUGCACACUGGUCGGUAUGCGAAGCGAGCAGGGCAAGAUUGCGGAAAAGGUCAUUAAGCUGCAGGACAAUGUGGAAACGUGGAAGAACUUUUUGUUUAGCAUCGAUGAGCUGCAUGGGCGGUUUUCCAAACAAUCGUACGAAGUAGAGGCCAAUUUACAGGAUUUGCAGCAAUAUCUGGACAAGCUGGAUGCGGAAGAUCAGCGCAACAGGGCCGAUCCGAGCGUGGAUAACCGUGUGAGCGGUGUACAGGCAAGAUUGAAUCUGAUCAAAAACCAUCACGUCCGACUGGACACGGUACGUGCGAAGCUGGAAGAGAUGGGCCACUUGCACGAAGAGCUGAAAGCAUGCAUCAGUAUGUUUGAUGUACAGCGGCUACAUAAGCGUGUGUGGACGCUGUGGCAGAUCUACGGCAAGCUGGAGCAACGCAUCGUACUGCAGGUGAAGCGAACGGAAGCCGUAGCCCACAAGAAGAAACUGUUCCAGGAACACUACCAACUGUUGAUAGAUUGGAUGCAAAAGUAUGAGUUGAAGUUGCGAAAUUCCGAGAAGUAUGAAUCGUGCUCGGAUAAUCAAGCGUUCAUCGAGUGCGUGGAGGAUACCUUGCGGCAGGAGAUGACACUGAAGGAAUGGGAGAGAGAUUGGUUGAUGGCAGUGGGUAAAGAUUUGCUGAACCAUUGCUCAACACCAGCAGAGUACGAGGAAGUUGUGAAUCAACUGGAUGUACUUGAAACGGAAUGGAUGUACUUGUCCGGGCUGUGCAAGAACCGAACCCAGACGUCUACGACCGUUCAGAGUAGAAUGCGCACGCUAGAAACACGCAUCGCUGAGCUAAAAUCGUGGAUGUUAACUAUCGAGCGUGAGCUCAGGAAACCUUUCGUGGUGGAAAGCUUGGCGAAGACGACUCUCGAUCAUUUGCUGGACGAUUACGAGCAGUUGCAGCGUUCAAUCGAGGGUAACAGUGGCAAUGUGGCGGAAGUGCUUAACCUGUGCGAGCUUGUCGCGAUGGAUGUGCAAUCGUACUGCGUCAACAUCAACAUCCGCAGCAUCCAGAGCGAUGCGAACGAUCUAGACAUGCGGUGGAAGAGGGUGUGUCGCAUAUCGGGAAGUCGGAAGCGUAAUCUGAUGGAACUUUGGCACACGCUGUGCAGCCUCCAGAAGGGUCUAGAGUUCCAGGAUUGGGUUAACGAACAGCAUGAGUAUAUUCACCGGCUGGAGCAUUCGAUUGCUUCGUUCCAUGGUGAAGAGAUGGCACACGAGCUGGAAAGCAUCGAUACGCGCCUGACGGAACUUGGAGUGCGAGAGCCAUGUCGGCUCAGUUUACGCAAGGAGUACAUCUCACUGGUACAGAACGAUCUAGUUUCGAGCGAUGGAAUACGCUUUCUAACGACUCCGGUACAUCAAAUGUUGUUGCUCUGGGAACGACUGCAUCCGGAUCUGUGCGCCUUGCGGGAAGAUCUAGAGCGCUGCCGGUCAGAAGUGGGCAAGUUUGUGGUAAAGUAUGAACAAAUCAUACUCGCCCUCACGCAGAUUGACGUCCAGCUGACCCAAAUCGAACAUCUACCAUCGGAACAAACGGCCGAAGGUCCAGAAUCUCCGGAAGCUCGCCUUCAACGCCUUCGGGAACUGCACAACGAACUUUUGCUGGUUGUGAAUCUGUUCGACAGCGAGGAUCUACUGGGCGCGAAUCUAAUCGAGCAACAUUCCGCUAAUCAAACGCUUACCGAAGAUAUUAGACAGAAGAUGGGCGAGUACCAUCAGCUUGGAAAUGGUCUGAAGGAACGGCUCGAUGCACUGUUGGCCCGCGCUACAGAAUCAUUCGAAGUGCGCCACGAAAAGGAGGUAGCGGUCCAGGUGAACACCUUAAGACUGGAACGUAGUGAAUCGAUUACCGCCAAGGACGCCUAUCGCUAUCAGCUCGAAACGGCCCUUGCCGAAGCGGCCACCAAUUUGGGCAAGCUGGAGGAAGCAAUCUUAGCCAUCAAUGCGAACAACUUCGUGUCUACGACGCAGAACGUGUCGCGGGCAUCGGCCGCCUGUGAAUCAUCGAUUGAGUUGAUCAAACAUUUGAACACGUUGCUACUGUCCGAGUGUCAUGCGACGAACGAAGAAGCAUUUACUGUGCGUGUAAAGGAAGAAACGGAACGGUACCAGCGUUUCCUGGCUCAAUGGCAACAGAAGCAAGAACAACUGGAGGAAUCAAGGAUCAUACCUAAUGCUUACAAUUUUAACUGCGUACAUAAUGCGGACUAUUUAACCUGUCCGCUGUGUACGAACCGGAACUGGCAGCAGAUCGAUAACGAUCUGUGGCGUUUGGAGCAAUGGCUAGCGAUGGCCGAAUCAACGCAACGCAAUCAACUGUCCACUCCGCCGUCCGACAUCGAUGCGCUGGAAGAUACGAUACAGGACCAUCGCGAGUUCCUGCUAGAUCUCGACAGUCACAAAAGCAUCAUCAAAUCGCUUAACAUUGUAGGCGAACAUCUAGCGACCCACACCCGCGACACGUCUCGAGCGACAAAGUUACGCGAACGGCUACAGAAGAACAAUCGCCGCUGGGAUACGGUUUGCACCGGUGCUUCCCGUUGGCAAUCGGCACUCAACAGUGCACUGAUGGAGAACCGCGAGUUCCAUCGUACGAUUGCCGAGCUGAGCGGAUGGUUAGAGCAAACGGAGAACAAGAUCAAAUCAUCGGAACCGAUCGAUUUGACCAGCGAUCAGCGGUUGGUAGAGAAAAAGUACCGAAUGUUCCGCGAGCUGCGUGCCGACUUGAUGCGCUGUGAGCCGCGCGUCGUUAGCUUGCAGGAAACGACCUCCCAGUUGACGAAGUACGUGGACGCGAACAAGUCGGAGAAGUUUGAUGAGGUGUAUGCGAAAUUAACCGAUCUUCGAUUGCGCUUCCACUCGAUCCGUCGUCUGGUGGAGAUGUACAUCAUAAAGAUUGGUGCCUCGCUAGGAUAUGACAGCAGUACCAGCCUAGCCGAUGUGCCGUCCACCUCCACCACGUCCCUUUCGACGGUCGAUCGGCAGCAGGCAAGACGCCGACAGGCAACAGAUCAGCAGGAGAGCCACCAGCAAAGCGAUGGUAGCGGAUCCCGAAACCAUCCAUCACAAGCGACGGCACACGAUUCCAGUACAAAUGCUGGUACGGGUAUCACAGAGGCCGACGACGAUGUCAUCAACACCACGAUACUUACCCGAAGCUAUCGUUUCUUGGGCCGUGUCAUACGUGCCUCGUUGCCGAUCCAGGCGAUGCUGUUAUUGCUGCUCGGUGUCGUCACGCUCAUGCCCCACGGUGAGGAGUACUCGUGCUCCCUUGCCAACAACUUUGCCCGCAGCCUGGAACCGAUGCUACGCUAUCCGAACGGGCCACCACCAAUCUAG